GCCCUCGAGUAGCGCGCCCCGCCCUGUUUCCUCUCAGCGCCCGCCGGCUCCUCCCCGGCCCCGAGGACGGGGCUUCGGUCGGCCUCCCGCCGCUCUCGGGACUUCUCCGCUCCCUUCGGCGCCAUGGAGGAGCCGCGGCUCGUCGGCAGCGUCAACUGCGAGCCGCGGGGAUGGUACUUGUCGGCGCAGGAGCUGGAGGACGGAGCGCCGCUCCUGCCGCCGCCCCCGGGCAGGGUGUGUGUGGGGCUGGGGCGGUGGGGGGCGAGAGGGGAGGCGGUGGGGCCGGGCUCCGCCGGGUUGUAGGGCGGCUCCUAGCUCAGCCCCACAGAGCAGGGCGGGUUGGCGCUUCCCGCUUUCAAAUCCCCUCACAGUGAGGGGUGCUAAAAAGAAGAAGAAAUUGUAACAUGGCUUGGGGAUUCAAAAGAUAUUUCGAUAAUAGUAAUAAUAAUAAUAAUAAUAAUAAUAAUAAUUUAUUUAUACCCCGCCCAUCUGGCUGGGUUUCCCAGUUUGGUUUGGCUUGGUAAGUAAAACGUGUAUGAAAUUGCCAUAGGAAUCAUUAAUGACUGCCAAGUCCUUGCAGUUCUAAAUCAGUGCUAUUCGUAUUAUUGGUUUCCCCCGCCCCCCAUAAUUUUUAUUAAAUUUUCUGUUUUACGAUUUAGAAUACUCAUUUAAACAACCUUAAGAUAUCAGUGACUUCCCUUCUUCUCUUUCCAUGGUUCAUAUUGCGCAGCGCAAACCCCUACAUAUUUUAUAUAAACUAAAUCAUUGAGUAUUCCAUUAUCAGGACCAUGAAAACUUGUUUACACUGUUGAAUUUAUCUUCAUGCUGGCAACAACCCUGUGAAGUACGUUAGGCUAAGAGAGGGAGGGUGACCUCCAAAUUGCUGAGUUGGGCAUCAUGGCUGAGUAAGGAUUUGAAACCACUUCUUCUUUGAAGAUACCCCAUCCUGUGUCUUCAAAAUCGGAAGCCACGUAGAUUGGGCACAAAGAUUUUCCCAGCUCAGCAUCUUACGUCUCGCUUUGCACCGCGCCAUAACAUAUACUCAUGGUACUCCUCAUUCCACGAUAUUUAGCCCUGUACUCAAAAGAUAUUCCCCAUGUUGCCUGGCUGCUCUUGAAACCUAUAGGAAGUGGACAGACUACAGUUGCGAUUCAGCGCUUUUGCGCAUGCGCAAAGUGCUAUUUAGCAUUUCUGCACAUGCGCAAAGUGCUAUUUAGCGUUUCUGCACAUGCGCAAAGAGCUAUUUAGCGCUUCUGCGCAUGUGCGAGCACCGAAACAUGGAAGCAACCUGUUCCGGUACUUCCGGGUUUGGCGUGGUGUGCAACCUGAAAACAUGGAAUCUGAAGCAUCUGUAACCCGAGGUAUGACUACAUCAUUUACCCUGAUGACGCUCCCAGGCCUGUGUUGCAUUUCCACAUCUCCAUGAGCUUCCCAGCACACCUUGCUCACAGCCCCACGGGCAAAGUGGCAUUUCCUAGUGCCGUAGAAGCACACAGCACAGACCCAUGAAACUUUGCAACCCUAGGAAGACUUGUUGAAUGCAUACACUGCCACCCCUGAAACAUCAUAGGGCCCUCUCAUAGAACUUCACAACCCCAUAGAAGCCACAGAAUGGACACAUACCCCUCUGUCAUUCAGCUUGGUGGCACAGAAGUUCCUCACGUGGGUUUGAAGACUCGGCCCCAUAGAGUCCUGCAGAAUGGACGCACAUACUUUUCCAAGCCGCCGGUGUUAUUUGUAACACAAUUGCAUCUCCAUAGAGCCUCACAGCACCAACAUCAUCGCACAGGGCAUGCUUUUUGCAACCUUUGGAAGUCACCUGUGUCCCCAGAAGGCCCCAUAGUACAAUGUCUCUCCCCCCGCCCCCCCCAAAUUAUAUACAGGUCAUGGCACACAGGCCUCUUAUAAAUGAGAUUGUCCAGCACAUUCUUUAGAAAAAGCGUUGUAGAACAGGUAUCUCUGCCCAUUUGUUUCGUUCCAUCCCACUUCUCACAAUCUCAUAGUUCCAGAAUUUAGCAUUAUUCCUACAUCUGUAGUGGUGGUCCUGGGAAUCCAUCUGGACCCACCAAAGAUGGUCCUUCCAUUCCUAGAAAUCUAUGGACUGGGUAUUAAUUCCACAGGGACCCUGUUGGAUAGAAAAGAUACUUGCAUUGGUGUUGGGGAGAGGAAAGAGAAUAAUGCAACCCUCCCUGUUUCUACUCAAAAGUAAGUCUUGUUGAAUUCAGUGGGGCUUACUCUCAGGUAAGUGGGGUUAGGAUUGCAGCCCAAACCAAAGAGCAUGUAUACCUCUUAUGUCUCACAGGUUCUGGAUGCCUUUUAAAUAGACAAAAUCGUAAUGUAGUAAAUGAACUAAAAGCAACAACAGCCAUCCUCUAAGCACCGUAGUAUUCCUCCCCAACAAGCCACUACUGUAGAACUAUCAGUGACUCUCUCCAUAGACUGUGGGAGUCUAUUCAGCUAGACUAGAGAUCCACUAACUCUACCAGUACUGUUAUUAAGUUUGAGUUUUAGUAGAUGGAACAGUGUUGGCUCUGGUACAGUCUUUUGCAGGCAUGACCUGGCUUCAUUUUCUGUUUUUAUUGCCACUUUUGAGACCAAGGAAAAAAAUAAAGUUGGAAAGCUCACAUUUUGAUUACGUAUUUCAUAAGUUCUGGCUCUAAGAAGUCCCUAAACUUACAAUACUUGGUUAAAAAAGAAAUCGAGUUAGAAAACCUAAUGAGGCUGAGAUUUCCACCCUUCUAGCCAUGUCAAAUCUAAAAAAGCAAAUAAAUUACGACAUUUUUCUCUUUACUGGCUAGAUUAACAGUUAUUAGAAUUUGGUCUUCCCUGAUUCAUCUCUAGUAACUGUUAGGUUUUAAAUAAUUUUUUGUAUGUUCAAACUCAGACCUUUAACCAACUAACUAACUAACUAACUAACUGCAUAUGCUCUCUUCGGUGAGUGCUAAAACAUUCAUGUUUAGACAAGCCUACCCAGGUGUUUUAAAAGUUGAGGUAAUUUUUAAAAUCUGUUUUAAUACAGUAUUUUAACAUUUGUAUGAUUUUAGGUGUGGUUGCAGUUUUUUCUUUAUUUUACUGUUUUACCUUUUUGUAAACUUCUUUGAGGCCCCCCCCCAGUCAAGCAGUGUAUAAAUUUUAUGAAAUUUAUAAAAUAAAAAUAUAAUAAAUAUAAAAUAAAUAAAUAUACUGCUUGAUUGUAAUAAAACUUCUGAGUGGAUUGUCAGCGGUAGUCAGAGUCUUUGUCUAUGAAUUAAAUUACUUUUCCACUCCCAUUUCCUUUGGGCUUGUGUGAUUGUUUUUGCCCAGAUGAAGAAUUCACAGUGUUAACAAUCUGGUUCUGUCAUUUACAGACAUUUUUGAACCAGACAUCGUCUGGGGCUUCCUUUGGCUUCUCGGUAUUUAAUUUAAUGAAUGCUAUCAUGGGCAGUGGGAUACUUGGAUUGGCAUAUGCCAUGGCCAAGACGGGAAUCCUUGGAUUUAGGUAAGUUUUGUGUGUGUCAAUUAUAUUUCAUAUUAUAUUGUACUAUAUUUUCAAGUAGUGUGUAAGAGUUUUAUAUAGUUAAACCUCAGUUGUCAAACGUAAUCCGUUCUGGAAGCCCUUUUGGCUUCCAAAAUGUUCAACAACCGAGGCACGGCUUCCGAUUGGCUGCAAGAGCUUCUUGCAGUCAAGCGGAAACCGCGUUGGACGUUUGGCUUCCGAAAAAUGUUAGAAAACCGGAGCAUUUACUUCUGGGUUUUCUACGUUCAGGAGCCGAAAUGUUCCAAAACGGAGGUGUUCGGGAUCUGAGGUUUGCCUGUAAUGCUAUAAAUUAACACUUAUAGUUGUAGAUUAAUUAAUAUAAAUCCUGUAUAUUAAUCCUUAUAGUCAGAAAUAUACUAUGUGAUACUAAAAAAGUUAAAGUAAGCUUCAAAAAUGCCAUAUAACAUGGGGGAGGGGAAUGCAAUUGUGCUAAAAUCUCAACUUUCCUCAGUGUGCCACCCUUGUCUGCUUGAUCUAUACAUGCGGCAGUAUGAAAUUGCAGAAUCCUGGGGUGGUAGAUUGGACAAUACCACUUCAAAUGCCAGGUUUGGGCGACAGCAGUGCUUGGUGGGGUGCCUCAGGUAGGGUGGCACCAGGAGCAGACCACCACCAUUUGACAAAUAGUGCAGUUAUCUUUUGUGAUGUGUUAAUAAAUUUGCAAGCCAUACCUCACUAUUUCUGGCUCAGAAACCCGAACUGGGGUGAUUCACAUUGAACUGGUCCACACAUAACAUGGCGUGGCAACCAAACUGUGGCUUGGCAUCAUGUGUGAACGCUGCCCAGUGAGUUCAUUAUGGUUUGCUUGCUGCCAACAAACCACAGCCUGAAGCCAUGGUUUGUUUUUAGCUUACAAACCAUGGCUUGAUGUUGAUAGCUCAGCAUUGUGUGUGAACCCAGCACCCUUCCUUAAACUUGCUGGCCAUCCCACACCGGGUGCUUAAGGUAAAGGUAAAGGGACCCCUGACCAUUAGGUCCAGUCGUGACUGACUCUGGGGUUGCGGCGCUCAUCUCACUUUAUUGGCCGAGGGAGCAGGCGUCCAGCUUUCGGGUCAUGUAGCCAGCAUGACUAAGCCGCUUCUGGCGAACCAGAGCAGCGCACAGAAACACCGUUUACCUUCCCACCGGAGUGGUACCUAUUUAUCUACUUGUACUUUGACGUGCUUUCAAACUGCUAGGUUGGCAGGAGCAGGGACUGAGCAACGGGAGCUCACCCCGUUGUGGGGAUUUGAACUGCCGACCUUCUGAUCAGCAAGUCCUAGGCUCUGUGGUUUAACCCACGGUGCCACCCACGUCUUACCAAGCUACAAAGGCAUGAGGAAAGGGCAGCUGGAAAACUAGCCAAAGAUUGGCGGGGCAAGUUGUGAUUUGUUGCAUCUUCAGCAAUGUGUGGUUUAGCAUUGUGUGCAAACCAGGAAAUUGCCAGUGCCAGGUUUAAAUAGCUUCGUCUUGUGAUAGUGGUGGAUCACCCAGCCAGAGUGCGAUUGCUGUAUUCUCAUAGGAGAGGUGCUCUUGUCAUUUGCCAUGAACAAACAGGCAAAUACCAAAUUAAAUGGGUGACCCGAAACAUUCUUUAGAACGUUCUAAAGCAUAGAGAUGGUGAAAUGGUUCAACAAUUGGCCUUUCCCCCAUAUAUAAAAAAGUCCAAAUUUAAUGACACAGAAAAUUCAAAAGAAAAGCAGAACAUGGAAAAUAUUGAGUAACCAACCGUGGCGUGAAUUAGAUUCUGCCGAUGUGAACCAUAAAAUGAGGAAAGAACGAUUUCCUCUGCUUGUUUCUGGGAAAACACAAUGUAUUAAAUAUAUAUAUAUAUAUAUAUAUAUAUAUAUAUAUAUAUAUAUUAAGUGUGGCCUUGAUCAUUUGUUUCUUCUGUCCUAGUGUGUUGCUGCUGAUUGUUGCCAUCCUUGCAUCUUAUUCUGUAUUUCUCCUGCUUACUAUGUGCAUUCAUACUGGUAAGUGAAGGCAGCACGCAGUGAUUUAAUCACAAAAGCCUUUAGAAUGGACAAGUUAGAAAUACAUUCAGAAUUUGCGAAGUGCAUUUCAGGGGCUAACAAUCGCUGUGGCUGGUGCCGUAUGAGAAACCAGUGUUUUCACGGUGGUUGAAGUGUUGGGCUAGAACUUGGGAAACCAGGAUUCAAAUCCCUACUCAGUCAUGAAGCUCACUGGGAGACUUUUAGAUCAGUCGCCAUCUCUCAGCUUAACCUACCACACGAGGUUUUGUCAGGGGAAGUCCUGUGACUUGUUAUUGCAGUGAUUUAUCUUGUUAUUGCAACAUAGAGCCCUUUCCACGUUGUCCUGCCUGAUAGUGAAAUCAUACAAUUGCGUUGCAAAAGGCUUUGGGGGAUUUUUUUUUUUUUUAAUGUAUAGCCCAUUUGUGCAAACCGCUAGCCAAGUCUGUUGGGCUUCUUUGCUGCUCUCUCCCUGCCCCCCACGAACUAUAAGGGUGCUCUGGAAAGGGGAAGAUCAGUAGUGCUGGGCAAGCUGCUUUUAAGCUUGCCUGCCCUUAUUAAAUGUCAGAUUUAGAAACCCCUUUGUAAACCCAGGUUUUUCCAAUUUGAAAAUUUCUCUUUAAAAGGUAAUGCUGUACUCUUUUAAAAAAUCAGUGUUUCACGAAUUUGGGUCCCCAGCUGUUGUUGGACUACAACUCCCAUCACCCCCUAGCUAGCAGGAACAGUGGUCAGGGAUGAUGGGAGUUGUAGUCCAACAGCAGCUAGGGACCCAAGUUUAUUUAUUUAUUUGUAUUAAAUUUGUAAACCACCCUGCACCCAAAGAUCUCAGGGCAGUUCACAGCAUUAAAAUACAAAAUACAUAAUAAAAACAAGAAUGAAAAGGGGGGGGGGGGUGUACCCAUGACCUCCUCUCCCACAAACAAAUUUAAAAAGACAUAGAAUAUCAACCAGCUCCUGUCUUUUGGCGGGAGGCAAUGGAAGCAUGGCGGGUGGCGCUGUGGGUAAAACCUCAGUGCCUAGGACUUGCCGAUCGUAUGGUCGGCGGUUCGAAUCCCUGCGGCGGGGUAUGCUCCUGUCGUUCGGUCCCAGCUCCUGCCCACCUAGCAGUUCGAAAGCACUCUUAAGUGCAAGUAGAUAAAUAGGGACCGCUUUAUAGCAGGAAGGUAAACGCCGUUUUCGUGUGCGGCGCUGGUGCUGGCUCGCCAGCUGCAGCUUCGUCACGCUGGCCACGUGACCCAGAAGUGUCUUCGGACGGCGCCGGCUCACGGCCUCUAGAGCGAGAUGAGCACGCAACCCUAGAGUCGGACACGACUGGCCCGUACGGGCAGGGGUACCUUUACCUUAAUGGAAGCAUGGCAUUCAAAUCAAAAGUGUAACACUCAAAACGGAGCACAUUCGGCUUCUGGAAAAAGUUCGCAAACUGGAACACUUACUUCUGGGCUUGUAGUGUUGUAGAGUAGUCCAAGUUGUUUGAGUUCCAAGGCGUUUGAGAACAAAGGUACCACUCUAUACUUGGGCCACCGUCUCCUCUGUCACGCCACUUUCAUGUUUAUUUCCUGACUCUUCCCUCUGCCUUUUUCUGAUGAGGGGAGUUCAUGUUGUGAGAAAACUUUCCUUCUCUCUUUCCUUGUUCCUUUUGUUCGCCAUAGCUGUCUCUGGCCAAUCUCUGGCCUUCUCUGAUUCUUCUCUGAGGCUGCUGCUCCUAGUCUUCCACUUCCUCUUGGCCUGCACUCUUAAAUGUUGGACAGAGGUAGGGUCCGAUUGUUACUUUUUUAUUAUUUUAAGGUUAUUAUUUAAGGCUAUUAUUCCAUAAAACUGGCCAAGUCUUUUUUUUUUUUUUUAAUGUCAACAGUUACAAUGCAAUAAGCAAAUGUUAAAAUCAUGACAAGAACAGCAAGCACAGACUUGUCUGGAAAAAAUAAUGAAUAUGAUGGACCCAAGAAAGAGAGAGAAGACGCAAGAUGGUUGAUUAAAUUCUGGCAGAAUGAGCAGAGAAUACUGUAGCGGAAGGCCCUUGAGCAGAAAGUGAGCUUCUUUGGCGCCUAAAUCUUUUUGGGAACUCAUGGCAAAAAGGAUUAGCUAGGACAUUGAGCAGUAGUUGAUCUCCACCUUUUUACACCCUCUGUGAUUAUUUUUUGGGGGGGAGGCAGUAUCGAGAUGUAAAAUAAGAUGGCAGCUUUCAUUGAGUCUCUUCCGUUGGUACAGGAGUACCCAACCUUUGAGCUAUGCAGGAGUCUUCAUUGUGCCAAAGAGUUUUAUGGAAUGCAGAAUCUCACACACUUUUGCACUAACAGGUUGUGCAUGUCCCUCUUGUUGAAGAGAAUGUUUGUUUCCAUUGUGCAGCCAUUUUCUGUAUCAUGCCAACUGCAUUUUCCCAUUAAUCUGCUCCCAAAUAUGUAAUAUGCUGGUUUCUGUGAUGCAGAAAAAUAAUGAAAUAAAAACCUAGAUCGUUACAGUGGUAACUCGUGUUAAAGAUGCUUCAGGUUGCGGACCGCGGGAAACCCGGAAGUACUGGAAAGGGUUAUUUCUGGGUUCCGCCGCUCGUGCAUGCGCAGAAGCGCCAAAUCGUGUCACGCGUAUGCGCAGACACGGCGCUGCGGGUUACGAACAGUGUGGGUUGUGGACGUGCCUCCAUCACGGAUUACAUCCGCAACCCGAGGUUCCACUGUAUUUUGAUUGAUUGUAUUCAGCAAUUCUAAUUUCUCUUUAUAAACACAAAGGGCAUAAUUCAGUAAUUCCAACAAAGUUCAGCAUUAAGAGAGAUAGGUAUGUGCUUUAUGUUCAUAGUUAAAUCAGUGAGACCUAAAAUAGCUUAAUUUUGGCUAGAUUUAAUAUUUGGCAAUUAACUGUAAUUUCACCAGUAAUACAGCAUCCACAAAAUUAGCAUUUUCGGGCACACUCCAUGACUACCUUAAUUAACCCCACAAAACUUUCCCCACCUGCAUUUCUAAGUUCUUGUGCUUUUUUGAUGGAAGAAGCACAUAUAUUAGAUUUAUAACCAUAUGUUUUGUACUUGAUAUGCAUGCAUAAAACAUGCAUAUAAUUUUCCAGUAAAUAUUAAUGUGGAAUUAUUUGUUUCCUUCUAACAGCUGUUACUUCUUAUGAAGAUCUCGGUCUCUUCGCAUUUGGCUCACCUGGAAAGGUAGUUUCCAAAUUCUCCUUUAUCUCCUUUUGGUUUUGUUAUUGCUCAUUUUUAAGAGAGAAAAGUCCAUCAUCACUCGUAGGGAUGUAGCAUGUAGGAUAUCUAGCUACGGCUGUUGCUCGCUUAGGUAAAAAGGUAAAGGUAAAAGACCCCUGGACAGUUAAGUCCUUUCAAAAAUGACUAUGGGGUGCUGCGCUCAUCUUGCUUUCAGGCCGAGGGAGCUGGCAUUUGUCCACAGACAGCUUUCUGGGUCUUGUGGCCAGCAUGACUAAACCGCUUCUGGCACAACAGAACACUGUGACGGAAACCAGCACACACGGAAACACCGUUUACCUUCCCGAUGGAGCGGUACCUAUUUAUCUACUUGCACUGGUAUGCUUUUGAACUGCUAGGUUGGCAGGAGCUGAGACAGAGCAACGGGAGCUCACCCUGUCGCAGGGAUUUGAACUGCCGACCUUCUGAUCAGCAAGCCCAAGAGGCUCAGUGGUUUAGACCACAGCGCCACCCGCUUGGGGACUGUUGUAUGAUAUUUCAUGAAUCACAUGAGAUUGUUCUUACAUUUCUGCUUUUCCUAACAUCAUCUACUGUUUUUGUAGGUUCUUGUGGCCAGCACAAUCGUUAUACAGAAUGUUGGAGGUAAGAAAUGUUAAGUUACAAUAAUUAUUAACACUGAGGAUCUUUCAGAGCUGUCCUGAGAACAAUUAUACAGUGGUACCUUGGGUUACAUAUGCUUCAGGUUACAUAUGCUUCAGGUUACAGACUCUGCUAACCCAGAAAUAGUGCUUCAGGUUAAGAACUUUGCUUCAGGUUGAAAACAGAAAUUGUGCUCCGGCGGUGCGGCGGCAGCAGGAGGCCCCAUUAGCUAAAGUAGUGCUUCAGGUUAAGAGCAGUUUCAGGUUAAGUACAGACCUCCGGAACGAAUUAAGUACUUAACCUGAGGUACCACUGUAUAGUAAUUUGAUCUAGUUAUGGUCAACUGCUUUGUCUCCUUGAAUGUCUUGUAUCGUCCCAUCCUUCCAAUCAUGGUCUAGUUAUUCUACAUAUGAAAACUGGGCUUGAAAUUGUUCCUAUGUCCUUAAAUUUGUGGACACCUCUGUUAGAGAUCAUAGAUAUAUUUAUAGAUAUAUUUACCUGCCUAGGAAAGGCUGCUGUAGCUUUGGGACCAAGCACCACAUAUGAGAGUUGCUGAGUGGCGUAAUUAUACUGUGACUGCAUAAAUUUGACUCACGCUGCCCAGUGACUGCUCUUUUUAUAAACAUACUUGAGAACUAGGUCGCUUGCUUUCAUAAUUCAAUUUAGUGUCCUUUGUAGAACAAGCUAUGUUUUAAAGUGUAAUAAACUCUUGCUAUUAACUCCAGGCAGGAGUAUGAACAGUCUAAUCCCAAUGACCGAGUAUUAUUUAUUCAUACCGGUUUGGGGUGACGUUACGUAGUGAGAAACAAAUUUUUUAAUUUCCUUUCCUAUUUGACUGCACCUCUAAAUAAAUGUCAUUAAACAAGUUGGGUCUAAGCAGUGAAGGGUCUGUCAGACCCAGGACCUGUUAUAAGAGUGUGCUGGUCAAAGGAAAUUUGAGUCUUAUUUUCUUCUCCUUCCAACAGUUCAUAACCUUGUAUGUGUGUCACUUUUAAUAAAAGUCCCCCGAGAAACCCUAGAGGCCUGAGCUAUUGCACACUGGGUGUUAUCAAACUACUUAUUCUGUCCUCAACAAUAACAUUGGCUGUCAGAAAGCAAAGACGUAUCUGCCAAGAACUCCCAUUUCUGAUUAAUUCAAGAAGCAGCAUUUGCACUUGGAAAAUAUUAUUUCAAGCUUUUAAAUACCGUUAGAUGGAAAUUUCCAUGUUCCUUCAGCAUUCGGUGCUUUUGUUUCGCUUUCUUUCCAUAGGAGUACACACAUUUCUCUUGCAAAGUGUGGGUAUUGCACCUCCCACCACCACCGCAAAAUUAACCUGUUCUAAAGUCACUGCAAAAGGAUAAUUCUCUUGCCACAACUAUAUUUGCAUGGUUCCCAUGUUACAUGGACAGUAUUGCUUUCCUUUGUACGUAGCUAAUGACAUAUGUAGACAGUGCAAACAUGCCAGUAAGGUACAACAUAACUGCAUUUUUGCUAAAUAGGCCAACCAAUCAGAACACUGCACAGCCAGGUGGAGAGGUGGCUUACGGACUGUGAAAAGGGCCGGUCAACCAUCAUUCUGCAUAAGGAGCUAAGCAGUGGUGGUGGUUUUACAGGUUUCUAAAAUUGUCAAUGCUGUGAUUAAAUAGAUUGGCAAGCAGGGCUAUUUUGUGUCAGUACAGUGGUAACUUGGGUUAAGUGCUUAAUUCGUUCUGGAGGUCCGUUCUUAACCUGAAACUGUUCUUAACCUGAAGCACCACUUUAGCUAAUGGGGCCUCCUGCUGCCGCCGCGCCGCCGGAACCCGAUUUCUGUUCUCAUCCUGAAGCAAAGUUCUUAACCUCAGGUAGUAUUUCUGGGUUAGCGGAGUCUGUAACCUGAAGCGUAUGUAACCUGAAGCGUAUGUAACCCGAGGUACCACUGUAUUCACUAGUACAGAGUACUGGCACCUUUUUUUGUGCAUCCAUUUGUGCUGGUACCCAUGGCAGUCAUAUCAAAAUAUGAGUAUCAUCACCCAAAGCACUUAUCAGCAGCAGGUUCAGAACAAUUAAGUUCUAUUUCACAUGAUGCAUAACUAGUUUGUAGAACUCACUGCCGCAAGAUCUGGUGAUGACUUCUGGAUAAGGUGGCUGAAUUAAACAGAACAUACAACAUCGAUCUGUCAAUGGUUAUUGGCUUUUUAAUAACAUGCUGGGGGCAGAAAAUGGGAGAGGGUUGCUGCAUUUGUAGCUGGCUUAAGGGAGUUCCUAGAGACAUCAGCCUGGCUGUUGUUAGAAGCAGGAUGCUGAAUUGGGUGAGCUUCCUGACUUGCAUCCAGCUGUGCAUGUGGUGUUUCACUUGUGGAAUGGGAUAUUCCCCCUCUUUUCCUCCCGCUGCAUGCCCCCAAAAUCUGCCCUGGAAGGUCUCCCAGGCCUCUGAAGCAGAUUUUGAGGGUGUUUGGGGCAGUCCGGGGAAGAAAAGGAAGUCGCUUCAGUGAAACGGCAACAUCUGACCAGAUUUUGUCUUGUGUAGCAGUUAACUUGGUUUUACAUUUUUCUUUCACUUUUGACUGUAAACACUUGCAAUUUUUUUUUAAAAAAAGAGGCUGGAAGGAAAAAGAGCAAUUUCAGAUUUGAUAUAAUUUCCUACUGGACAUUUGCACGAAGGAAGUGUAAUGGGUACACCUGUGAACCUUUUUGGUGAGGGCAACCUUUCAGAAGCCGGCUCUGAGAACCUGCCUGUUCCCUAGAAACUAGAAAUGCCUUGCGCGAGAGCCCUUGCCAGACCACUCUCGAUCCUUUCAAAGCCAGGAAAAAUCCCGCAGGCAGAAGUGCUGGGUCCCUUCCCACUUUCCUCUUGUUUUCUCUUACUGGUUAUUUACUGCCGCUUCCUCGUCAAAAGUUUGGAGAUUGUUAAAAGAUGGAACGAUGAGAAGAGCCAAGCAGAUAGCAAACAGAGCUAGACCCAAAAUGGGGGCUGAGAAGUUGGGAGCUGCUUUCUUGCGGCAGCCCAUGAGCCGUACGCUGCAAUGUCCUGCAUAUACAAAUAUAAAUCUGUAUUUGAGUUACUACAGAGCAGGGAUUCUGAAAUCCUAAUGUGGAGAAAUGGUUGUUCCUGUUGUUAAACAAUUGGAAGGCAGAAACCACCCAGCGAUGUUCCAGUAGAUCCUAGUUUACCUUCGGCUCAGAAGCAACUGCAGCAGUCACUACAGAAGGGAUUUAGCAGAGUCACUGUUGUUGUUUAGUCGUUUAGUCGUGUCUGACUCUUCGUGACUCCAUGGACUAGAGCACGCAACAUCAAAAAAACUAAGAUCAUGGCCACUGGUCCCAUCACCUCCUGGCAAAUAGAAGGGGAAGAAAUGGAGGUAGUGAGAGAUUUUACUUUCUUGGGCUCCAUGAUCACUGCAGAUGGUGACAGCAGUCACGAAAUUAAAAGACGCCUGCUUCUUGGGAGAAAAGCAAUGACAAACCUAGACAGCAUCUUAAAAAGUAGAGACAUCACCUUGCCAACAAAGGUCCGUAUAGUUAAAGCUAUGGUUUUCCCAGUAGUGAUGUAUGGAAGUGAAAGCUGGACCAUAAAGAAGGCUGAUCGCCGAAGAAUUGUUGCUUUUGAAUUAUGGUGCUGGAGGAAACUCUUGAGAGUCCCAUGGACUGCAAGAAGAUCCAACCUCUCCAUUCUGAAGGAAAUCAGCCCUGAGUGCUCACUGGAAGGACAGAUCGUGAAGCUGAGGCUCCAAUACUUUGGCCACCUCAUGAGAAGAGAAGACUCCCUGGAAAAGACCCUGAUGUUAGGAAAGAUUGAGGGCACAAGGAGAAGAGGACGACAGAGGACAACAAGCACUUAAUAUUGUUCCAUAUUUACCAGUCCGUUUAAAAGGAAGCAUGAGUGUGCAAGGCUACCUGUAGAGCCUUUGGUCUCCAGGCCUUAGACAUGAUUAAGGAUCUGCCGUCCAGCUUUUCAAGAUUCCUUCCACGUAGGAAGAAACCAAAGGUGGCUUGGAUUAGGAGCUGCAUGUGUUUAUUUCUCUGAGAACAGGAUAAGAAAAAGUCCCAGGUACACUUGAGAACAUUUCGUUCCCUCGGUGCUGUUGUCACUCCAUCUGGUGGUCAUUUGAAGUAGAGCUUCAUCUGGAACAUUUCUCAGGAAAGAGCUGGAGCCAAGCUCUUGUGAUUUUCUCUCUCGGAGGAAGGCAACAAAAAAUAACAAACAAGCAAAAAUUAGAGAGCAGUGUGAAUCCUGACCUUGGGGGAGAGGGGAUUAUCUUAAAACCUAUUGUACUAGGUUCACGCUUAAUUUUAUUUGCAGGUCUGUAAUUAGUCUAAUCUGUAUUUCCUCUGCAGCAAUCUAGAGAGCAGCUUUUCUGCUUUGCAGAACCUUUUCUUUUUAUGGUUUUAGCCUUUUAACUCCGAAUUCUUUGUGCAGCCGGGGUUUAUGUAGCUGUUUGGUGAAGGGGAGUCAUAUUAUUUCACUUCUGAAUCCCUUUCAGUGAGGCAUUCUGAAGCAGUUUACAAUAUAAAAACAUAAAAAACAUAUUUAAAGCAAGUUCGUAUCUAAAAACAGCCAAAGCAAUUGCAUAUAUGAAAAAAGCACACAAAACCCCCCAAUCAGAAUAUGUACAGUGGACACUCGGGUUGCGAACGGGAUCCGUGCAGGAUGCACGCUCGCAACCUGCAGCGUUCGCAACCCAUGUUUGUUCACGUGUGGGUUGCGAUACACUGCUUCUGCGCACGUGCAAAGUACAACUUAGCGCUUCUGCGCAUGUGCAAAGUACAACUUAGCGCUUCUGCGCAUGUGCAAAGUACAACUUAGCGCUUCUGCGCAUGUGCAAAGUACAACUUAGCGCUUCUGUGCAUGUGCAACCGCCGAAACCCGGAAGUAACCUGUUCCAGUACUUCCGGGUUUCGGCAGUCUGCAACCCGAAAAAAUGCAACCUGAAGCGGCUGUAACCCGAGGUAUGAAUAUAUUUUAAAAGCUGUUUAGAAAGGACCCGGACAGCUUAUGCAAAUUUGUGCCGGCAUCUAGGAGUUCAAAAUUAUGUUUCUGCCAUUUCACUUUUUUUACCCACCCCUCCUGAAACAUCUGCAGUAGCCUCAACAAGCUUUUCUCCUGCAUAAGUGUAUCGAAUUGGUGGCAUGGGAAGGAAGGAGCCUCCCUGCUACAGAUAGGGGACUUCUGUCAGAUUUGGCCCUGAAAGGGCGAUGGAGAGGACACAGAAGCCAAGUCCUUUUGACGCCUUCACUCAGAUCCUUAAAGGUCUUUGACUAAACAAGGUCAGAUUUCUGAUUGUGUACAGGGAGCUUUGCUACUGCAUACUCCCUCACCUCCUUUUCUUUUGUCAAAAGGAGUGUAGGACAGAGUUGUAAAUAUCCACUUGCCAGGUUGCCUGUGGUGAGAUUUGCCAUAAUGGCAAGUAGGGAAGCUUUUGUAAAUUGGGUAUAUUUCCUUCCUGCCUGUCCCCUUCCCAUUAAUGUAAUGUAAAUUAACAUCUGAGGACAAGUAGAUUAGCAAAUUUUAUGGACGGUUGCAAGAUUGCUACAGGAUCAAGUGGGGGAACGGCACAAAAAAUGUUGUGUGUACCUAAAAGAUUUGUUUACCUUUAUAAACUUUGAUUAUCUGCAAAGGAUGACAUGGGGCAAUCCCUGCACAGAUCACAGACUCCUGAAUGCCAUGGAGAAAAGAUUUAUUUUUGUAUUCGUGUGUGUGCAGUGUGUUUCAAAAAGUGCUAAUCCAAAGAAUUAGAAAGGCAAAUACAGGGAAGGAAGCCAGAAAUAUGUAGCUUCUUCUCUCACCACAGUACGUACUUUCCAAACAUGUUUGAAAUAAGCAGACACCUAAAGUGGGAGCAAAUUUCCUGCCAAGGGGCAUCCAUUUCUUGGUAAAGAUCUGCCUAAAUUAAUCUUUUAAGUGACUACUGUAUUUGCUGCAAGUGCAGAUUGUUUACAGAGGGAUUUGGACUAAUUUGAGUGCUCACCCCUUCAGCAGCUUAUGUUUGGCCUGAAAGCUAAUUACCCUUAUUGUUUUAAAUUGACGAUUUCCAGCUCCGCUUUAAUUAAAGGCAGGCUUGCGAUCUCCAGUCCUAGUUGAACAAUUCAGGCCCAUUAAGGUCAAUUACGUUUUAUUUUUAUAAUUAAGGCAGUAGUCCAGGAUUUUUAUUUUGGGAAAAAAAAUAAGGGACAGGAAGGCCUUUCCAAAAGAGAAACAAUGAAUGUGCCUGCGGGUUGUGUCAUUCCAUCCAUAUAUAUUGACUAGCAGGAAUGCAUAGAGGAAAUAAUGCGAGAAGGAAUGGGCUUAAUAAAAAGCAGCACUUCUGAGCUCGUAAUCUAACUGGGCUUGGAUCAGCCACUUUUAUAAUUAAUUCAUAGUGUUUUCUCACUGCAAAUUGGUGCCCUGUGGUGUUAAAAUCAUCUCUUCUUUUGCCCAUGUCAAGAGUACCUGCAUCCUUAAAUUUCCCUAUAGUUCCCACUAAGAUUUCCAGCUUUUUAUAACCAUAUGCACUGUCCAUACUUUUAUGAGGUUUUUUUCCUACACUUUUGGAAAUUGUCUGAGCAAAUUCCAACUAGUUCAGUUUCACAAGUGCUUGUUUGCGGAGCUGGGGGAGACUGGGCUGCAAAAAAUAACAGCAAGAAGUAUACUUUCCAAAAAUGCCAUGGAACCUGAACUAAGAAGGAACUUUAUCUACAGGUUAAGGAUGGUACCUUAUAAAUCAGUAAAGAUGGUGCAGUGGUACCUUGGUUCUCAAACUUAAUCCGUUCCAGAAGUCUGUUCCGAAACCAAAGCAUUCCAAAACCAAAGCAUGCUUUUCCAUAGAAAUUAAUGCAACAUGGAUUAAUCCGUUCCAGACUUUUAAAAACAACCCCUAAAACAGCAAUUUAACAUGAAUUUUACUAUCCAACGAGACCAUUGAUCCAUAAAAUGAAAGCAAUAAACAAUGUGCUGCAGUUGCACAACCAAUCAGUCAGUAGCUGAACUGGGUUCCACACAGUCACAUAAACGAAACAAAAAAUACCCACAAAAACAAAAACGCAAAAUAAAUAGCAAAAACAGACAGACCUCAGUGUAACACUCAAAAUGGAAAUGUGGUGCUCAAAUCAGAAGUGUAACACUCAAAAUGGAGUACGUUCAGCUUCCGGAAAAAGUUCACAAACCGGAACACUUACUUCGGGGUUUGCAGUGUUUGGGUUCCAAGUUGUUUGAGUACCAAGGUGUUUGAGAACCAAGGUAUCACUAUAUAAAGCUAAGAUGUGGAACUUCCUUCCCAGAGAAGUGUGCCUGGAUCCUUCAGUUUACAACUUUGGGCAAAUGCUGAAGUCACAUUUUUACCCUGGUUUUUGACACUUGAGAUAGGUGUAUGUCCCCCACUUUUUAAGUUAUUCGGUGUAAUUAGUUACCAAGGAUGAAAGUGGUAGCAAAAAGGCCUCUAGGUGCCCUAAUCAUCUUGUACUGCUGAUGGCAUGAACAGGACGCCCCCCCCCCCCCAAUAUGCUGGCUUACAAAAGGCCUCCAAAGCUCUAGAUAUACAGUGACAUAUGCUGCUUUGCUCCUGUGACCACCUAUCCCACAACCUGAGGCCAGGUAAACUUCAAACAAACCUGGGAUCUGCAGCAGUUCCCAGAGAGGCUUGGCCCACCUGUGAAGUUGGUGGGGACCCCUGACCGUUAGGUCCAGUCGUGACCGACUCUGGGAUUGCGGUGCUCAUCUGGCUUUAUUGGCCGAGGGAGCCGGUGUACAGCUUCUGGGUCAUGUGGCCAGCAUGACUAAGCCGCUUCUGGCGAACCAGAGCAGCGCAUGGAAAUGCCAUUUACCUUCCCGCCAGAGCGGUACUUAUUUAUCUACUUGCACUUUGACGUGCUUUUGAACUGCUAGGUUGGCAGGAGCAGGGACCGAGCAACGGGAGCUCACCCCGUCACGGGGAUUCGAACCGCCAACCUUCCAAUCGGCAAGCCCAAGGCUCAGUGGUUUAGACCACAGUGCCACCCGCGUCCCUGAGGUUGGUGGGGACGGGAUGUUAAACACAGCACCUGGCCAGGAGCUGUUGGAAAUGAUCUACACAGUUGCAAUAUUAUUGCAAAGCUGCUGGAUUAUUAUCUGUUGUUAUUGUUACUGAAUUUAUAUCCCACUGUUCCUCCUGAAAGAGCCCAGCAAGCCUCAGUUGCCUGUGGAUCACACAGUUGGUAGAUGCCUCUGUCUGUGUGAUUUGUGGACAAGGACAAGCAAGUAAGUAUCAGCCUCACUUCCCCAUCUGCAAAAAGAAUUGAGUAGGAUUGACCUGCUUCACAGACCUGUUAUGAGGGUAACCACAGUGAGGGCAAGGCACUUUGAAAAUUAAAAAUGCUGAGUAAGUGAUGAUCCGUAGGGAAAAUAGAUUUCUGAAGUCGCCAAAUGCACCCUCAGCCCAUAUGCAUUUUUGUAAAACGCUCUGUUAGCCUGUUCCAUAAAGCCCCGAAAGGAAGACAUGCGUCCUUCUUAAUAACAGUGUCAUGAACUGAACUGGUUGGGUAAGAACAUCUAGCCAGAGGGGAUGAGGUUCAUUCUUUCCAACCACCGGAUAUUUCUAAGGGUGUCUUGCCAGCCCUUCAGCUAGGGAAGGCUGAUCCCAUGAACUCUCUCACAACUCCCUAAGCUCACAAACACACAUCCUCCUUUUGUCACCAAACCGAUGGUUUGGCUCUGGUCUCUUGUCUGUGGACAGAGUGGUUAGGAAAAGUUGGAGCCUCUGGUUGCAAAUCUUUAAAAACAAAACCCACCUUGUGUGUGUGGAGUGGCACAUUUUCUGUGACUUCUGAGAUACAUGGAGAUAUUUCUAUCUUCAGUACUUAAUUUCUUGCAAAUCCUUGUUAAUGAUUUUGGGAUUUGUUCGGGAAGCGAUGUCUAUUGAAUUUCUCUGCUCUUCGUUUCUUCUUCAGAUACAUGCCUUUAGAAUCGUUUCAGAUAUCUCUCAGGGCAAAUCCUGACUGUUUCAUACAUUACUCAGGGCAAACACUGACUAAAGCAGCCUUCUCCAUCCAUGUUUUGGACUAAAAUUCAAUCCAGUCACUGGACUAAGGAGACAUUCAACAGGGAACUGUGAGGAAUUCUGACUCUCUAUGAUGCACAUGCUUUUUCACAUUCACACUUUAAAACAAACAAACAAACAAAACUCAUUCACUUUUUAUUUGUCCUGCAGUUUAGCAGAGCAACAGCAGCAAGACGCUGCCACAUGGUCCCCUUAACACUCUUUUUGGUAAUUUGUUGUUGUUGGCAUCUUCUGUCUCAAGAGACUAUGGAAGAGGGUGAAGUCAAACGGAUGGAAGGUUGCAGCGCCUGCUGUGGCUGUAGAGACCGAUACGGAAGAGACAUGUUUUGUUGCAGAUGGGGCAGAUGAAGGUGUCGGGUUGUGGUGCUGCAGAUACACCAUGGGGUUUCUUCUCUGUGCCCCCCCCCCAGUGGUCAUUCCUUCUAGGAAACAGGCUUUUAUCCAGAGUAAUUCAUUCUGUCAGUUCAAGGAUUCAUGCUGAUGCAGUGGAACUCUGCAUGCACCCUGAAUCUCUUCUGGGGGUUCCCCCAAACCUCCAGAGCAUAUUUGGGGAGAGUGCAGGGUACGCGCAUUAGGAGAUUCCGUUGCGUAAGUGUGAAUCCUUGUGCUGACAAAAUGAGUUAGGCGGAUGCGGCCCAAAGUUUUUUUAAAUUUCCAGUUGUGUUUCUUCCAUUUCAGUUCUAAUUUGUCAUUGUUACGGCAAGUAGCAAGCAGCCAUAGCUUAGUGCAGGCAUAGGCCAACUCGGCUCUCCAGAUGUUUUGGGACUACAACUCCCAUCAUCCCUGACCACUGGUCCUGUUAGCUAGGGAUGAUGGGAGUUGUAGUCCCAAAACAUCUGGAGGGCCGAGUUUGCGCAUACCUGGCUUAGUGCCUUUCUACACAGUCUGGCAGUGGCUGCACAAUGUGACCCAUGAACUAGCUCCCACUAAGAGCCUCUCCAGUAAAGGCAAAUGAAUAUCAUUUGUGUCGUUACUUAUUGCGGUAGCACAACCUCACAGGCCUUUCCUCUUCCUUUCUGGCCAGUGUCAUGUGAUCGUUUUUCCGGGUUGCUCCCAGUCUCAGCUAGGAUUCCACGUACAUGGCAGGGUCCGGCCACCUGCAAUACCGAGUGUGGGGUGGAAAGAGACCAUUGUGCACCCGCAGCUUUCUCUGUUAGUCUUUCUGGGUGGUUGCAGUAGUGCACUGAUGGGUCCAAAGAGUGCCUCGGUGCUUCUGAGACUUGGACAAGGCGUCUAAAACUGCAACACUUUGGAAUGACUGGAGAGAGUGAAGGUUGCACUUAGUGGCUUUGUCUUCCGGUCAAGUGUCUCCAGUUUCAAAAGUGCAGAAACAUUUUGCCUAUGAUAAGCUGAUCACCACAUGAGUGAGUCACCGGAGGACUGUCUGCAUCUCCGCUGGGAUAAUGUGUGUUAUUUCAUGGGAGUUGCGCAGGAAGCCCAACCCCAUGAACAGCAAACAUUUCAGUAUUUAGUUUUAGUAUUUAGUAUUCUAAAUAGCAAAUGGGAAGGCAGGCCUUCUGGCCUUGAACCACAUUGGGGAACAAGAAGUUAGACAAGUCUAUAGGGUACCAUGUUGGGCAUAGUGAUUGGUUGACUCCUGCCCACAGCCCUGCAAUGUGGGGAAGUAGUCACGUGAGUCUGGCAUCUGAUAGGGAAAUAUGGGGCACUUUUUUGUUUGCAGAUCCACCAAGAAAUGUCAGGGAUCUGCAGGGAGUAGGGCAGUUUCACUUGUGAAGCUCGAGAACUGGCUGCAGACCAGACCAGGAGGCUACUCUGCCCAGCGCUCUUGUCUCCAGCAGUAACCAAAUGCCCCAGCGAUGCCCAGAUGCUGGCAUCUUUUGUGUAAAAUUCCUGUCUAAGAGCCAUGCGGAAAGGAAGGGCUGUAAAUCAGUUUUAAGCGUCUCUAAGCAGGAGCUAAUUUCUGCCGUUAGUACUCCAUCAUUGAUAAUUGAGUUAUGUGGCUGUGGAAAGGCAUACAAGGAAGUUCUCUGACCACAGUUCAGCUGACAACUAGUAAUGCAGGUCUAACAAUAGAUGUAAUGUGCCGGUUUUUUAAGCACUGCCAUUGUAGCUAACUCUGCAACUGUGCGCAUCACAAUUUGUGCCUGUAAACCAGGGGUCAGCAAACGUUUUCAGCAGGGGGCUGGUCCACUGUCCCUCGGACCUUGUAGGAAAAAAAUUGAACGAAUUCCUAGGCCCCACAAAUAACCCAGAGAUGCGUUUUAAAUAAAAGCACACAUUCUACUCAUAUAAAAACACACUGAUUCCUGGACCGUCCGUGGGUCAGAUAUAGAAGGCGAUUGGGCCGGAUCCAGCCCCUGGGCCCUAGUUUGCCUACCAUGCUAUAAACAAUUCAAGUACAUGCAGACCUUGUGCUUCCCCUUUAAUUCAGUGCUUUAAGUGGCUGCACAGUGGCUGAUUUUUUAUUCUUCCAACAGCUAUUACUAUUAUUUGGUGGUCACUUUUAUGUGAAAGCCUUCUUCAGUGUUCAGCAUUUGACGGGGGCGGGGGGGACCAACCCCAUAGCUUAACCUUUUAAACUCAGGAUAAAGCACACGUCUGAAUUGUACUGUUUUCUCAUGAGCUGCCAAAAGAGAGAUUUCUAUCUUACAGAAGCUUCAGGGUAGAAAUAGAUUCACUGAACUUCGAGUCCAUUUUCCUUAUGACCUAGAGGAAGAAAAGGAACAGCAUAUAAGGGGAAGAGAGGGUGCUCAUUUCAUUUUAGUUUUUGUAUAAAAGCACCCGAAUGUAGCACAGGGGAUCGGGUCUCUCUCUGGAGCAUGGUAUUCAAAGGAGUAGUGCUGCCAUUUAGGAAACAAAAAGAGUCAAUCAAACAACAAAGGAUAAAAAUGAUCAAAUGGUUAGCCAGAGGCUAAAAUAAAUGCAUGAGAAAGAGUGACACAUUGUAUAUUAGCAAGAAAUCUGAGCUGGAAAUUAGUUGAAGGUUGGGUUUUUUGUGUGAUUUAACCGAUGUGACUUUUAAAAAACAAUUGUGAAAGAGAUAAAUGCCUGAUCUCUCAAUUCCAGAUGUGCAAAACGGGCAUGAGAGAAAUUUUAAGUUUCGAUACAGAAGUUUGAAUUUCUUUGCAAGAGAUUUUUUUUUAAAAAGGGAAAGGGGGGAAAAAAUCUCCUUUAUAUUCAUUGGCACCUAUUGGUUACCAUCAGAAAGUACAGCAUCGUUAUUACUGUCCUGCAGUCAUGCUGGUGGUUUUCAAAUUACAUGACCUUAUAACACUCCAUCAAAUUUCCUUUUAAAAAAGGAAUAAAAUUGGAGACACCAAAUAAAAUGUCUCCCCAUGCCUUAGUCAACAGGGAAGGCCAGCGUCGAUUGGAAAAACCUGAGUAUCUCAAUACAAAGAAGUGAAUGUUUCCUUAUUUAGUGACCUCACAACUGUUUUUAAUUUAACCUUGCUGUAGGUACAUGCCACUCUGGAUUAAUGCAAUUCACUUUUCUUUAUGGAGGCCACAUUCCUCCACUUGAAAAAUUGUAAUUUUAACUGUUUCAGGGCUGCAGCAUUCUGCAGUUAACUUUCUACUCCUUUUUUGUGAUUGAUACGGAUAACAAACUUACAGAAAUGUGUUGCAUUUUUAUGUUUUCUUGUGGGGGCAAAUCCACUUAAGUGAAUUAGUUGGGAAUACCGUUCUGGUUAUUUAAAAGAAUGUAGGUAGGGUUUUUUUCCAGAGCAAGGUGCAGAACAGAAUUCAAUAAUAAAUGGUGCGGGAUACAAAUUGAAUCGUUUUGAUGUGUGCAAUUAAUCGCCCUAUACCUGGAGGUCUCAGAGCGGUUCACAGAAAAGAUCAACAUAAAAACCACAAUAUAUAUAAUUAAAAUAAAAACAACCCAAUAACACCCCCCCAAAAGCCACAUUUUAAAAGGUUAUAGGAUUUCAAUCAGAUCAACCAAAGGCCUGGUUAAAAAGGGAUGCUUUUGCCUGGUGCCUAAAGGUGUAUAAUGAAGGUGCCAGGCGAACUUCCCUGGGGAGAGCAUUCCACAGAUGGGGAGCCACUGCAGAGAAGGCCCUGUUCUCACGUUGCCGCCCUCUGGACCUCUCGAGGAGGAGGCACACAAAGAAGGCCUCAGAAGAUGAUUUCAGGGUCUGGGUAGGUUCAUAUGGGAAGAGGCGGUCCUUGAGGUAUUGUGGUCCUAAGUAGUUGAAGGCUUUAUAGGUCAAGACUGCCACUUUGAAUUGGGCCAUGAAACUAAUUGGUAGCCAUUCCAGUCAGACCAGGAUCGGUGCAAUACGCUCAAACCGUCUUGCUCCAGUGAGCAAUCUGGUCACUAGUAAAUUUAUUAUGAGGACAGGUAGGGCAGAGAGAAGACCUCUUUUGCAGCGUCCUCAUCCCCCCCACCGAACCCAGUGGUUGAGACUGCUUCACCCAACGCAGGGGUCUCCUUUUGCCUCUGCCUCAGCAGUGUCUCAUCGCCAGUUCCCACCCCACCCCCUUCCAUAAGAGUACAGAGCACCAUGACACUUACAUGGGAGAAAGUAAUGAAGGAAAAGGAAGAGGUUAGCCUGCUCUCUCUUUCAGGUAUCCCUGACUCUCCAAGUUGUACACUGGGAUAACGUGGAAUGAAAUUGCCCCAGUUUUUUUUCCUUUGUGUAAAGGUAAAGGGACCCCUGACCAUUAGGUCCAGUCGUGGCCGACUUUGGGGUUGAGGCGCUCAUCUCGCUUUACUGGCCGAGGGAGCCGGCGUACAGGUCAUGUGGCCAGCAUGACUAAGCCGCUUCUGGCGAACCAGAGCAGCGCACAGAAACACCGUUUACCUUCCCACCGGAGUGGUACCUAUUUAUCUACUUGCACUUUGACGUGCUUUCGAACUGCUAGGUUGGCAGGAGCAGGGACCGAGCAACGGGAGCUCACCCCGUUGCGGGGAUUCGAACCGCCAGCCUUCUGAUCGGCAAGUCCUAGGCUCUGUGGUUUAACCCACAGCGCCACCCGCGUCCCUUCCUUUGUGUAAGGUCCCCCCAAUUCUAAUGAACCCUCUGCAGUACUUACGAAAUAACAUUUGUAUGAGUUUUUCACCGGAAUAUAAGAAAGGGACAAAUGGAGUUUUUAUGUGCUGUGCCCUUUAGUGAGACACGGUCUCUUGGUCUCCUAACUGUUCUGUACUAGCAAUGCUAAUUGCACUUUGCCUAGAGAUGUCGAGGUUUUAACUCAACCAAUGCCUGUUUUCUUAAUUCUCAGCCAUGUCAACCUAUCUUCUCAUUGUUAAGUCCGAACUUCCUGGGGCCAUUGCAGGAUUCCUUAGCGGAGACCACAGCGGGUAAGGAGAAACCUAAAAGCAUCCUACGAGGGCAAGCAAAGGCAUUUCUUCUUAAACAUAGGGGCCGCGAUGCUUCCCACUGCUCUCCAGGUGAAAGAGAGAGAGACGGGACCUUGCAGAUUCCUUCACCUGUGCAAUGCAGAUGUGUUCAAAAGUGUAAUUCAUUACUGAUUGCUCCCAUAGUGAUUAAUAGGAGCCUGAAAAUCAUAACUUGCUGUCAGCAUAUUUACACCUGCAGCUCACACAAAAAUAGUUGUUUCUUCUUUGUGCCAAAUGCGGAAUUCUUCUUCAGACAAGCUUACACAGUCAGCAGAACCAAGUGGCAACACAUUUCUUGGAUUGCAGAUUUUCAGGCUGCAAAUAGAAGGUUUUCAUGCACAAAUACACACACGUCUCUGCACAUAGAAAGUUGGAAUGUUGAGGUGAAGGCCAUGCUGAAGCGCUAGCUUUCCGUGUUUAGAAAGUUUCUGAAUUGUGGGUCGUUCAUAUAUUCUUGCUUUUUCUGAAGUGGUGCACUCCAUACAAAGCUUUAGCAACUGAUUCUGCUGGUUAUAUAAAUUGCAGCUGAACUGGGUUUUAACAGCAGCUAUACUGAAGCCAAGUCUCCCACUGCCCUGCCCUGCCCUGCCUACUUGAUUGUCAGUACUGUAUUCCAUUGAUUUAACCUCCCCCUUUCAAACCCGCCCCCCUCAAUUCUGGAAAAUGGGGUUUUCUAACAAGAGGUCUGAGGCAACUCUGCCUUAGGUAAAGGGACCCCUGACCAUUAGGUCCAGUUGUGACCGACUCUGGGGUUGUGGCACUCGUCUCGCUUUAUUGGCCAAGGGAGCCGGCGUACAGUUUCCGGGUCAUGUGGCCAGCAUGACUAAGCCGCUUCUGGCGAAUCAGAGCAGCGCACCGAAAUGCCGUUUACCUUCCCACCGGAGCGGUACCUAUUUAUCUACUUGCACUUUGACGUGCUUUCGAACUGCUAGGCUGGCAGGAGCAGGGACCGAGCAACGGGAACUCACCAGCCUUCUGAUUGGCAAGUCUUAGGCUCUGUGCUUUAACGCACAGCGCCACCCACCUCCCUAACUCUGCCUUAGACCACAUUAAUACCACACAUGUGAAGUACUAUGCUACGACUUUAAACAGUCACGGCUUCCCCCAAAGAAUUCUGGGAGUUGUAGUUUGUUAAAGGCGCUGAGAGUUGUUAGGAGGUCCGUCUUCCCCUCACAGAACUACAAUUCCCAGAGGUCCUUGUGAAGAGGGAUUGAUUGUUAAACCACUCUGGGAACUGUACCUCUUUGAGGGAAAUAGAGGCCUCCUUUAGUGGAAGCCAUGUUUAAAGUAGUGCUUCAAAUGGAUGGUGUGAGUGUGGUUAUAAUCAGUUGCACUUUAGAUGAAUUUUCGAACUCCACUCAGAAGCAGCCAAACAGAUUCCUUGGUCAUGUGGUGUCGUUCCCAAGUUGCAAAUCACCAUUUACUUUUACACGUGUGACGUUUUCACAAGGUGCUUUAACUGCCUAAUUUUUGCACAAGAAAAUACUGUAGAAUAUAUUUAUUCACACGGUAGGAUCCAGUUUUACCUUACUAAGACCGGCUAGUUUCCUAUGGGUUUCUGUCACUUGUAAAAUCCACUUUGUGCCAAAGAAAUCACACCAAAGUUAUAGCAUGAGAAUCAGGCCUCUGCCUGAGCCCUGAAACGUUUAAACUGCCGCUGUCAUGUUACCAUGUUAACAUAUUUUUUCUAACCACAAAGCAAAAUCUGGCAGUUAGUGAAAUUUUAAAUAUUUUUGUUUUCGCUGAGUAGUUAUUGGACUUGUCUUUGGGAAACGUGCCAGUUUUCAUAUUUGUUUUAUAAUUCCUCCAAUUUGGCUGUGCAGCUGCAUUCACUUCAUCUUUAGAUCUGACUCAAAACUUCUUCUUUUUUUAAAAAAAUUGUGGUUCAGCUUGCUGAGAAAAAUGUUCCAAGAUUUGAAUAGCUUGUUCUUGUUUUGAAUAGACUGGAGUUGCCCCUGCUCCUACAAUAACUUCAGGGCGUCCUUUGCCUGUCUUUUCAAUCUCCUGGUUUCCAUGAAUUCGAACUCUUAGCACGAAACAUACUCCUUGAACUGUAGGUUAAUGUGCAACAUUUUUAGUAGACCUUUUUUUCAAAAGUGAAAAAGGUGUUUUUGAUUAUGGGUGGAGGCAGCAGGGGGUCAGUUUUUUGAUCUUAAGCGUUUGUUCCAUUUUCAUUAUUCUCUCUCCCUAGUUUCUAGUCAAGUUUGGAAAUAAAAUAGGGCACAAUACACUAGCACUGGGUGAUCCAUGCUGUAAAAACAAUUGGGAUAUUUCCCUCCUGAUUACCUUCGCUAGCACUGGGUUUCAGCUCGUUGGUUGGGACCCACAAGUGGGGUGGGCCCCAACCUAAGGUAGGUUGCAGCCUGCACAUCAGUAUAGUUUGUUGGUUUACUUCUAGAACAAAGCAAGUAUUGAGGGAGGCAGGUUUCCUGAACCUUUAAUAGUUGUAUAAAAGAGCAGUUCUAAACCUUGUCUCCAUGGUAACCCACAAGUCCAAAAUCACCUUGGGAUGGCAACCCAUAGAUUAACUGUCACAUGAAUUCCUAAGUGUUAAAAUGUAAGACUCAAAUCUUGCUGGCAUUCGAUUGCGUGUGUCAACACACAGCGUUACAAUCUGCCAGUGAAACAAAAAGUUGCAUCAUAGACCAGUUGCGGAUUCCAAGCAACAAUAAUUUUGUGUUUCCUUAUAAAGCCUGCAACCCACUUUUGGGUCAUGACCCAUAGGUUGGGAAACACAGGCAUAGAGUUUUGGCAGGGCUAGCCUUUUUCCAUCCCUCUCUGACGAGCUCUUCUUCACAACUGCUGAAGGUGCAGGAGUUGGUCCCAUGUUAAGGCUGUUGUUUGAGAUAAGUCACUGUGUCUGAAAAAGUCGAACUACCCUUCUCUGUAGGAUUUGUUUGCAGCUGCUGUACUGGAAGGAAAAGAGAGUUGUGUGGUGCUGGAGACUCGGGUGGGUUAUGUGAGUGGUAACUGGUGAUGGGCUUUUCAUGGUGGUGCUCCAUUCCUCAUAUUGAGGACCAUUCCUCAAUAUUUGCCUAGUGGCUACACUCUUCACAAUAUUAAAACAUUCUGAAUAUGCCCCGCCCCCCCUUUAAACACUCAGCCAAUGAUUUCAGGAUCGCUAGGAACAGUAUUUCAGCCAUCAAAUGCCUGGGUAAACCUUCUGAAUGUCAGUAAUGAGGGAGACAGACACAUCUUGCCAGGGAGGGCAUUCUGCAAAUGUGGAACCAUCACUGAGAAGGCCCUGUCACUGGUCCAUGCCAACCAGGCAGCCCCCCUCACCUGCCAAUCACAGGGUCCAAGAUGGCUGGUACUGGUGCUCUUUUAGGCGAUCAGUUCCUGGCUAUUUAGGGCUUUACAAUCUAGUACUAACAUCCUGAUCAGGGUCCAUCUCACUGGCAAUCCAGUGCCGCGCUUUCAGGACUGGUGAGACAUGAUCCCAUCGGGCUUCCCCACUUCACAUUUUUAUUCCGUUUGUUUUGUUUUACAGAUAAUGAUUUUCAUUGCUGUUUUUAGGGGCUUUGUUAAAAUUGCAAGUCUCCUUCUGCACAUGGGUGUAGAGAGAUGGAUAAAAAAAACAUUUUAAGCUAAGGAAACCUGAUAUUUGACACGGCACUUUUUCAGAAGUAAAAGUUUGCUCCUACAGCUGGAAAGCUUUGUGUUUUUUUAGGGCAUGCAAGAGUGAGAACCACCUGCCCUCAUUGGAGCCCUUUCCUUGUCUUCCAAUUACAUUCAGUUCUGGGCAUGCCUGCUCUGAGGCCAUUCUGUUUCACCUGCAUUGGUAGUGAUUGGAUCUAUUCAGUGCAGAGACGGGACAGAAUCCAUCUUCUACUGGAGGCUGAAUUGAAACCAGACAUAGUUUCUAAUGUAGUCUGUUUCAGAAUCAGAGAGACAGCAGGCAGCUUUCUUUGUUGAUGAAGCUUUGAGCUCACAGGAGUUAAUCUAUUUCUCGCAGCACACAGUUUGAGAAUUUAUGCUCUGCUUUUCACGGGACCUUAGACACGCACCUCUUAGAUCCGCAUCUGCUUUGUUAUCUGCCGACUCCAGCCAGGUGGGUAGCAAGAUGCUCUGGAUAACUUCGUACUACACUUACAAACAGGAGCCACACAUAACAUUGCUCAGGCUGCUUUCACCUAUAUGGAACAAGAGCCACAGUUUCCAAAAUAUGAACAUUGACCCAUCUCAAGGCUCUUGUAGCAUGUGCCAGAUUUGCAGAGGACAGCUGUCUGUGCCAAAACUUGUGUAGUUCUAUAGUAAGCUCUUUAUUUGGGAGUCAUCUGCAGCUGAUGGUCAAAACUGCCAAGGAAAACACUUGGCCAGAAACAGUGUUCAAGCCCUUGUAAAAAUAGUUACCCCCCACCAAAAGAGCCAAACCAAAACAACUUUGAAAAUUGAUGGAGCCAAAUUAUUAACCUAUAGUGAACUUUUUAGAGAGAAUCUGCUUCAUUUAUGGCCAUUUUGAAAGUGAGUUUGAGAACAUAGACCCAACCUUUGGAGCUACUACCUUCUCCAAUAAUAUUGUUCUUUCCAUAACAAAUAUUUUUAAAUUGCUGUAUAAGCAAGAAGCAUCUUUCCUGCUUUUGUCAACAUCAGCCAAAGACUAAGUGCUGAUAGGGCAGAAUUCCCAAUUGCCUAAAUAACAUUUUAAAAAGAGAUUCUAGUUCCCAGGAGCCUUAAAUUUCGUUAAGUUAAUCUAUGAUGGAGUAGAACUUUCACGUGCACCUCUUUGCAAUGGAUUUUUAAAGUAGAGGAAAUGCUUAGAAAUGGAAAAUAUACAAUCCAAUGCUGAAUCUAAGGAGAGGCUUCAAAAUGUGCAAGGAAUUGCAAUAUUAGGGUAAUGGUUAUUGGGGGUUUUUUUGUAAUACAAUGGGAUGACAGAUUGGUUGAUUCAUAAUAUUAAGAGGUUAUGAUAUUUAAUUAUAGUUCAUCAAUAUAAAUUGGGUUUAAAUAUGCUUGGCUGCUAAUGACUAUUUUACGUUUUAAAAAUAUUAAAAUAGAAAAAGUACACUUUGAAACAGUAAAGUGCAUCUUUCAUAUAUUUCAGGCAGGUGAGUGCAGAGGCACUGUAAGCCUUGCGCACAGGAUUCAUUUUUUGUUUCCUUGGGUGUGUCACAUAGAGCCAAAGAAACUGCAUGCGUUAUUUAUAUUCUAUUGGCAUUUUAAAAACAAUUCAAGAAAAACGCAGUAAAACACAAUAAAAUAAAAGCACAACAAUUAAAUUAAAAUACUCAGCCCAGAGACCAAAGAAACGAAACCACAGAGCCAGAUCAAUAUAAAAUUUCAUUGUUAAUCUGUGCCAGGCAAUCCAGCUGGCGUAAAGCCAUUGUUUUUCCAUAGAUUCCGUGGGAGAAUGAUGGUUUUGUUCCAGCUGGAUUGCUUGUCAGUCACUCUUAAGGCUGCAGUCCUAAACACACUUAACUCAUGAGACCCAUGAGAACAUGAGAAGAGAGCAGCUUGGUAGCCAUCACUGCCUUGUGUAGGAGUGAGUUCCAUAGGCUACCUAUGCACUGUGUCCUGAAGCACUUCCUUUUAUCUGCCCCUGAUCUUCCAAAAUUCAGCUUCACUGGAUGUCCACAAGUUCUAGUUUUUAUGAGAGAGGGCAGAUUUGGUUAGGGAUGCUCUUAAAAGUGUGUUGGGAAGAGUAGGCAUGUUUUCAGGGUAGCAGAUGAAAAAUCAUUUAUCAAGAUUCUGGGGAAAAUUGGGUCCUGUUAUAGCAAUACUCACACCCACCCACCCUCCUUUUAUGUCUCUGUUCUUCACAGAAUGCAGUUUACAGAACAUAAGGAUCAGGAGAUGGUGUGAUCAAAUAAAUGCAGGCUCUGUUGGUUUAGCGUAGUCUUUUAUGCAUUACGAAGAGACCCAGGGGAUGCAAGGAGCAGGCAAGGCCACAAGCUGUUCUUGAACUCGUAGAGGAGUAGGGAUGGUGGAGCUGUGUAGCUCAAGUGGGGCAGUAGGCCUGGAUGAUGGGAGAAUAGUCCAUUUGCACCCCUGCUCCCUUCCUCUUUUCACCAGUGGUUUUCUCUUGGCUGAGAGGUGCAAAAAUGUGGAGCUAGUUGCACAGACUUAGGGGUUGUGUUGAUCGGCUCUCUGCCAAGGUGCACAUGUUGGGGGGGGGGUCAUUGAGAAAGUAGGGCAACCACAGCCAAAGCAGCUACACAAGUUGUAAUUUGCCACUGAUGCCUAUUGCCCUGUGUGUAUAUACUGUUAAAUACGUUACUUGCUCAGGCAGGUCAGACGUGUGUAAAUAUAUGUCUCAGGUCAGUACUGCCCACCUAAUUUCAACAACCAGUACAGACAUGCCCAUAAGUGUUACUGGCACUCUUAAAAUGGUAACAUGAUGCCCCUUCCUGUUUACGAGGUGCUAACCAUGUUCUGGGCUAAAUAAAACCAGAGACCAAAGGCCAAGGUGUUUAUAGGGAACAACCAUAAGGGAUAAUGCAUAAGACGCUCAUCAAUCAGCAUUAGGGGUUUGAAGCAGAGAGGGCUCUUAAUGUGGCGUUCAGAACAUUCUUGGUGGCUCUGUAGCUCUCAGUCAAAAUAGCCCCUUUUGGGAUUCCCCCCCCCCCGGCGGCAAGGCAGACCAUACCUGUCAUCAAGGUCCUCUGACUUGAGAGCUAUAUCGGUUAAAAGUGCCGCCGCAAUUGUCCUCACAUCUGCCCUGGGUUCGGCUGCUUGCAGUAUACUGUACAGUGGUAUCUCUGGAUGCGAACGGGAUCCGUUCCAGAGCCCCGUUCGCAUCCUGAAGCGAACACAGCGCAUGUGGGUCGCAAUUUGCUGCUUCCGCGCAUGCGUGUGACAUCAUUUUGAGCGCAUGCGCGAGCGGUGAAACUCAAAAGUAACGCGCUCCGUUACUUCCGGGUCACCACGGAGCGCAACCCGAAAAUACUUAACCUGAAGCUACUUCAACCCGAGGUAUGACUGUACAGUGGUACAUCGGUUUACGAACUUAAUCCGUUCCGGAAGUCCGUUAUUAAACCGAAACCGCUCUUAAACCGAGGCGCGCUUUCCCUAUUGAGGCCUCCCGCUGCCAGUGCCCUUCCACCGUUCGGCUUCCGUUCGGUUUCCGAGGUAAAGUUCGCUAACUGGAACACCUACUUCCGGUUUUGCGGAGUUCGUACACCUAAUAGUUCAUUAACAGGGCUGUUUGUAGACUGAGGUAUUACUGUGAAACUAUCUGUUGCUACAUGAAGCACAUUUCCCUGAUGAAUUAGGCAUGAGAUUUUAAUAACUUAUCUUACUUGUUUUUACUUAGAUGUAAAUCCCGUUAAGUUCAAUGGGAUUUACUUCCAAGUAAAUGUGUGUAGGGUUGCAAGCUAAGAAUUAUUUAACAGGGUAACAGCGCUUCUAACCUGUUCACAGUCUGCGAGUAGUAGGGUCACUUUUUUAAAAAACUCUAAAUAAAUGCAUCCUUUAAAAGACCACUCUUUGGAAGUUAUUAGUGAGACUGAAAGAAGGUGAUUCUUGUUUUUUGAUGCUUAAUUAUCCAUGAUUUGUAAGUGUUUAGUUAAAUAGUGUUUGUCUCUAUCUUUUCCUUUAAAAAAAACCUAAUUUUAUUACGACUCUUCAACAUACAAUAAACAAAAUAGCAAAUAAGAAAGAAAGAGAAUGAAGAGAAAACCAGGGGGACAGAGAGAUAAGAAUAAUAACAGAAACCUUACUGUCUUUUCCAAUAGCUCCUGGUAUCUUGAUGGGAGAUUGCUGCUGCUUCUUACCUCAGUUUGCAUUGUCUUCCCUCUAGCACUUCUUCCUAAAAUUGGUAAGUAAUUUUAAAGGGAGUAUUAUUGCUGCCAUAAUUACUAUUAGCAGUAGUGUUCUCUUUUAGUAGCAAUUUAAUUGAGGAGUUUAAAAAGAAAGCCUUAAUGGGUGGUGGUGUGUGUGUUUUUUUUAAAAGAUUCGAGGAAAGAUUGGGAGGGGAGGCAGGUUUAUUUGCAACCUAGUCUGUCCUCCAGCUUUGCCUAGUUAACCUAUUACUUAGAUUGCAGUAGUACUGUGUCUGCUCUACUAAAAUAAAACCUUUACAACAGAACAUUAAAGAGCUGCAUUUACUUACAGCAUGCCAUUAGUGGUAAGCCAGUUCUAAUUCUGCCCUACAAAACUACAUAAAUGAUCUGUGACAGGCAAGUUGGAAUGUUGUUAUUCUGAAUCUUAAGCCCCAGAUACCGAGCCCCAUAAUGCAAAACAUACCUAGAGCAUGAAGCUCCUUUUGCCCUGCACCAGGAUCACUUUCCUUAUAAAUUGCCUCUUAUUUUUACUGUUAUUUUACAGGCUUUCUUGGCUACACAAGUAGUUUAUCAUUUUUCUUUAUGGUGUACUUUGCUCUUGUGGUAAGUCUGAAAAAAAAAAAAAAACCCAACCCAACCCAGAUCGCAGCUUAUGUUAAGUUUUCUUAUUAUUUUGAUGGAUCUCAGAGUUCCUUUGAAACGGAUGUCUGUGCUUUAAAAGCUUGCCUCUAAAAAUGAAGUGUUCCUUCUCCUCUCCUUUAAGUGUGGUGGUAUGUAUUUUCUUGCUUUGGGGUAAGUUGGUUUGGCAGAAAAGUCACGAAUGUGAAAAGAUUUGCCAUCGUUAAUUGUUUGGACUGUAAAAUGCAGUUGGAGUGUAUUUGUUUUGCUGACAGGGCAAUGAAAAAUACUGGCCUGAGCACUUUCUCCUCCCCUUCUCCACGUGUGGAAUGGAUUUUUAUUUUAUUUUUUGUCCUUGCUUCCAACCACCAUUUACUGCAACUCGUGCAGAAGAAAAUGUCAUAUAUUCCAAGUAAAAUUGAAUGUACAUGUUCGCUUAAUAGUAAAAAAGCACAAGACGCAGCAAAUCUCUUUUGAGCAAUUUAAUGUAUAUAUUAAUAUAGCAAAAGCCUUAUUCUUUCCAUCUGAAAGCAAUAUUUUCCCUCCCCUUCUCUCUCUCUCUAUCUCUGUGUGAGCCAAGUAGGGCAUUUCAGUGCUGAUAUUUGCAGCCAUUGAUUCCUAUAUGAUAUAUGGAAAGCAGAGUACUGGAACACAUUUGGUCUGGAUUUGUUUUGCUAGUGGUUGCUGCAAAUGAGGGAGUAUUUGGAAGUGUUUUUAGCAGGCACAAUCAUUUUAGGCAUGAUUCCAUCUCCGAGACGGCAUGCAUGAUGCCCACAAAACCGCUAUCUGCGGUGGUGGGUCUUGCAGGUGCCGUAACGUUUAUAAGAAGUUCUUAAUCCAUGUUGCAGAGCGCAUAGGUUAGCUUGCUGGUCCCUGGCCCAUACAUCCUGAGCAUGUUAAUGCCUUUGUGGCAGCGCUGCACACCAGAGGUACAUUAUGUCUAAAUUGCCGCCAGAUUUCAUCAAGGAGAUAGGUAAGUAAGUAAUGGUACUCUCCAGAAGGGAGCUGGAGAAUUUAUACAGCUCACAUUUCAUGGGCAGUCCACCAGCCCUUGCCCCAUGGUUUCUAGAGAAUUUCCAAAAUGAUCGUAUUUAUUUAGAAACACGAGAAAAGCCAGUUAGAUCAGGCCAAAGGCUCAUCUAGUCCCAAUAUCCUAUUCUCACAGUGUCCAACCAGAUUCACAUGGGAAGUCUGAAGGCAGGAACUGAGUGCAAAAGCACUUUCCCCACCUGUGGUUCCCAGAAACUGAUAUUCAGAGGAAUAACUGCCUCCAACUGUGGAGGUAGAACUUUUUAAGAAAAAAACCAUUUUAGUCGCUUUUUGAUCACAAGCUCUAAAAAGCUGAGAUUCCCUACAUCUCAAGAGUUUGUAUAAAUGACCCUUGGGGGUCCUUCCAACGCUACAAUUCUGAUUCCAUGAAAGUAGUUUAAAAUUGACCAUACCAAGUAAUCACAGUGCAAUGUUAAAACCAUAUAAUGUUAAAUAUUACUAAACUGAUGUAAAAUACCUAGCAUAACAUACUAAGGCAAGAUUUCCCUUUUGUGAAGCCAUAAUCAUAAAUACCGUAUUUUUCGCUCUAUAAGACGCACCAGACCACAAGAUGCACCUAGUUUUUGGAGGAGGAAAACAAGAAAAAAAAUAUUCUGAAUCUCAGAAGCCAGAACAGCAAGAGGGAUCACUGCGCAGUGAAAGCAGCAAUCCCUCUUGCUGUUCUGGCUUCUGUGAUAGCUGUGCAGCCUGCAUUUGCUCCAUAAGACGCACACACAUUUCCCCUUACUUUUUAGGAGGGAAAAAGUGAGUCUUACAGAGCAAAAAAUACGGUAAUUGUGAAGUUGGAAGGGACCCAGUGGGUCAUCUAGUCCAACCCCCUGCGAUGCAGGAAUUUUUUUGCCCUAGGUGGGGCUUGAACCUAUGACCAUCUGGUUAAGAGUCUCAUGCUCUACCAACUGAGCAGAAAUUUCUCAGAAUUUUUUUUCCCUUACCGGUGUGUGAUUUUUCUUUUGUGAAUUCCGACUCCCUUGGAGAGUCCUACCCGGAAUUUCAGUCCUACCCGGAAUUUCAGCAAAAUGGUUUCCCGAAUUUUGCCAUCCGUGAAUUUUGGGUGCAACUGUGGAUCUAGUUUGCUCCUUCCUAUCGUCUCUUAUUGCACUGAUUUAUUCAUCUGCCAAGAUGAACCAGCAACAGAGUUUCGUUCAACAUUACGUGAGCUGAAAUUUCUCAGAAGACUCCUUUCGAAGAAGAAUGAAAACCUUUGAGAAUUUUACUUCCCUACCAAAUAUUUUGGCAAAUCCCCCCUCCCCCAGCUUCACUGCCCACAAAUGGCAUGGAGUAUUUUCUUUUCUUUUAUUAUUGUAUUUCACCAAAUUCAUAUACCGCUUGAUAGUAAAAACAAAGAAACGUCAAAGUGGUUUACAAAAAGAAUAAAGCAAUGAGAUUAUCAAUAAAGGCACUUAAAAGCAGCUAUUCUAAAUAUUCAAAAACCAUUAAAAUAAAUGAAUUCUGCGAGGCCACUGUUCCUUUUGAGCUGGGCAGGGCUUACCAUAAACUUAGCAUAAGCAAACCCCCACAUAACUUAAGAUGCAAGAUGAUGGUGUUUAUUUUAAAGGUGAGGGAUUUGAUGCUGGAAAACAGCUGAAAGGGAACACAGAGCUAGGUCUUGGAGCGUGAUAGAGCAAAGCAGAUUUCCCCAUGCUAGAAGCUCAUUAUUUUGGAGACCUGAAUAUAGAAUUUAUAGCACUUCAUAUGCUACCUUAGUGGCAUAAUUUCAGUUUCUGCAUGGCUGCUUCCAACAGGUUCUGGUGACUUGCAACAAGGAUUACACCCAUGGGGGUGACCUAUAACAUUUUUUCCUUCCACUGCAAAGCAACCAGCUCCCAGGGUUGAGUAGCAGUGGAGUGUGGAGUUGGUAUGUUGCAUAUAUUUCUAGGUUGUUUCCCUAAUGUCAAAGCAGUGUGGGAAGAAGCCACACAGAAACAGCAACCCAGGCCACAAAGGGAACACACGGCAAGUGCCAAGACUGACUCAGUUCAUGUUCCACCUGUGCCAUAGAUUCACUAUGGCGGCCUUCAGCUGGUCACUUAUCAGGCACAGUUUCUUAUCUGUAGAAAGAGAGAAAACGAGGAGGGUGUUAAAGGAAAACACAAUAACGCUUGUAAGGCAUUGUGCAGUGCGGCAUAGUAAGAGCACUGAACUUGGACCUGGGAGACUUGGAUUCAAAUCUCUAGGCUGGUCGCUAUUUAUCAUCCUAACCUAAGGUGCUAAAAAUGGGUAAAUCUCCUGCUUUGAACUUCUUGGAGAAAGGGUGAGAUACAAAUAUGAUUAAUAAUAAUAAUACAGUGGUGCCUCGCAAGACGAAAAGAAUCCGUUCCGCGAGUCUCUUCGUCUUGCGGGUUUUUUCGUCUUGCGAAGCAAGCCCAUUAGAGGUUUAGCGGUAUUAGCGGCUUAGCCGGCUUAAAGAUCAGCUGAUAAGCGGCUUAACGAUCAGCUGAUAAGCGGCUUAACGAUCAGCUGAUAAGCGGCUUAACGAUCAGCUGAUAAGCGGCUUAGCAUCAGCUGAUAAGCGGUUUAGCGGCUUGGGAAAAAGGGGGGGGGAAGGAAAAAAACCCGCAGGAACUCGCAAGACAUUUUCGUCUUGCGAAGCAAGCACAUAGGAAAUUCGUUUUGCGAAGCACCUCCAAAACGGAAAACCCUUUCGUCUAGCGGGUUUUCCGUCUUGCGAGGCAUUCGUCUUGCGGGGCACCACUGUAUUAAAAAUUCAGAGACGUCCAGCAAUUUAUUGCAAACAUGGGAGUUCUGAUGUGCUCGGAAUUCCCCUACCUGCAGAGGAAUAUGCUUCUGUUUAAUUGAAUUGGAUAAGAGCGGAACACAUGAAUAUUUUCACAUGGCAGUCUGGAUGAAAGCGGGUCCAUCAGCAGUUGUGAAAUAGUGGCUUUGUUCCUCACCCCUCACAUCUUUUUGUGCGUGGCACACUUUUCUUCCUCUUCUUUGUCCUCUGUGUAAGUUUGAGCCUUGUGAUUAAACCAAGUUUUGUACAAGACUGGCUGCCUGUGCACCAUCUCUCAAGUCGCUGUGCAGCUGCGCAGGCUCUUGAAUGCGAAGGUCAGCUGCCUUGCCCCCAUUAUUUUGGGACUCUCCAAAAGUAAACAAGCCCCUAACAAAUGGCCUCUCCCCUCCUCUUCCCUUUGGGGUAUCUAGCCUAAGGCCCAGGAUGAGAUUAAUCACCACCUGCUGAGUGGUCUGGACUUGCUGUUUUGACUUACUGUGGUUUUCUUUCUUCUUUUGCUGGGGGAGGGGAGAAGAUUGGCUGUCUUUUAAUGGCUCAAAUUAAGGAGCAACAUGGUAAUGAGGUGCCAUGUGCCCUGUCGCUGUAGAGAACAUACUUUUUAAUUUCAGAAGGCAUUUUUACACUUAAAACAAAGGCUGAUAUGUGUGUUUGUGUGUGUGUGUGUGUGUGUGUGUGUGUGUGUGUGUAUGUGUGUGUGUGUUACUUAAUUGGGUGCUUUAUUCUGUUACCCCCUCCCCUUUCUUUUAAAAGCCCUCUACCUCCCCUGUGGAUCGAUUGGGGAAGAAAUGAAUGUAAAUGAAUGAAUGAAAUAAUGCCUGCACUUAAUAGGAGCUGAACUGCCUUGCUCCUAAGCCUUCUGUGCUAAGAGUUCAGUGUUGUUAUUUUAGCAGCAUAAGGAAUGCCCUUAGCUUGCAUUGACUUGCGUGCAGGUCUUUGAUAACAUGGACCAAUUUUCUUCUUAGUUUUUUUUAAGAAGAUAAAAAUCAUGUAUAGGACAUCCAGCAAAAAAUAAAAAAUGCCAUCCAGAGUGCAAGACAACCAACCCAUUAAGGAACUGAACCAUGUGAUAACAUCAGACUUCAAAGCUGUCGAAGCAGCUCCCUAAGGGCAGUGUCUGUCAAGAAUUCCAAAAUACGCUGUAGAGGUCUAGGAGAUGGUAAUCUUCAGCAUCAGCCUCCUCUUAACUGAAUCCCCAUUCAGUAAUAUGGACUUUGGUCUACUUACGCCCAUCAUGUUUCAUCUCCUUGAGCUCUCCCAGUGGGUUGUGUUUUCGUUUUGUUUUGAGUUUUUAAACUUAGAACAACAAGCCAUUUUUCCAUGUCAGUCUGUUUUUCAGACUCCUCUCUGUUUCAAAAGCGACUUAAAUAUAUGGCACUGGAGGCAGGUUUGCUGUUUGCAUUCCAAGGUUCCUUUUUUAUUGAUCCCAUGUAUGCUUCUGUGAAAGUCCCAUUGUGCUCUUAUCGGUCUUAUUCUCAGUUAAGAAGGAUAGCUCAGUCGGUGGUGGAGCAUGAGACCCUUGAAAUCCCAGGCUUAUGGAUUCGUUCCCCAUGUUGGCCGAAAAAUUCCUGCAUUGCAAGGGGUUGGACUAAACCAGGCAUGUCCAACUGGUCAAUCGCGAUCUACCGGUCGAUCGUGGGGCGUCCCUGGUUGAUCGUGGUUGAUUGUUCAACAACUUUGAUGAAUUGUUGUUGUUGUUGUUUAGUCGUUUAGUCGUGUCCAACUCUUCCUGACCCCAUGGACCAGAGCACACCAGGCACUUCUGUCUUCCACUGCCUCGCGCAGUUUGGUCAAACUCACGUUGGUAGCUUUGAGAACACUGUCCAACCAUCUCGUCCUCUGUCGUCCCCUUCUUCUUGCGCCCUCUAUCUUUCCCAACAUCAGGGUCUUUUCCAGGGAGUCUUCUCUUCUCAUGAGGUGGCCAAAGUCUUGGAGCCUCAGCUUCACAAUCUGUCCUUCCAGUGAGCACUCAGGGCUGAUUUCCUUCAGAAUGGAGAGGUUUGAUCUUCUUGCAGUCCAUGGGACUGCUCCCCACAAACAGCUCAACAACUUUGGUCAAUCCAAUGGGUAGAUCACUGCCAGUUAUGUUUUAGAGGGAGUAGAUUGCAGUCUCUAGGGAGUUGGACAUGCUGGACUAGGCGAUCCAUGUGGUCCCUUCCAGCUCUAUGUUUCUAAGAGUUCAUAGAACUGCAGCCUUAGCCUUUGCAUUCCUUACGAACCUUGUGUUCCUUGAAGCUUAAAAGGGGUUCCCUCCUUGCACGACUGGGCAUGGUACAAAGGCAUCAUAUACACAUUUGCUUGGAAGUAGGUUUCACUUUGCUCAACAGGGCUUUCUCCCUAGUGAGUGGGUUUAGGACUGCAGCCAUACGAUGCAUUUGGCUUCAGUAUAGAACUGGAUUAGACACAGGGGAGGGAGGGGGGUCCACACAUUUUGGCUGGCCUUGCCAGCUAGCCCUUACUUGCGAUUGCCACCACCUCUGCUAUACUCCCCUGCACAGAGGACCCAGGAGAGGGGCAGGGUCUCAUCUUUCAUAUGCUGAGCUUCAGAGUCACUGGGAAGCAGAAGCCCAGCAGAAGAUCGGAGAUAACAUCCAUCUCUCAUUUCAUAGUGAGACAGGCAGUUGCUAGACUGGGGGUGUGGGGGAAGGAGCUCACCACCUGCAGCCUGGCAACGAUAUUUGUUCACUCCUGUUUGGCAGCUCUUCCAGGAUGAUGAAUUAAUGCAGCCUAAAAAGGUGUGAUCGUGUGCAUGUGGCAGAGGAAAGAGUAAACAUGGAGGAUGAAGAAUGAAGAUUGCAGGAAGGAAUGGGCGAGAGACGAAAGAGCAGAGUGUACUAUCAAGACCACAAAUGCUAUUGAAUACAGUUCAACCUUAUCAAUCAUUGCUCGGAAGUGAAUCCCACAGAGUUCAGUGAAAACUUACCCCUAAGAGAAUGAGCCCAAGGUUGCUGACCUUAAACGUAAAGUGAGACACGUGUUCUUCAAGCAAUCAUGCGUCUGCAUGGAGUUCGAUCUUGUAUCUGCCUGUAUUUAUUGCUUAGAAUUUAAUGUAGCAUUUUUAUUAGUAUCUGAAAUUAAUCCAGUGCUCCUUAUUCACACUCCUUUGUGCAAACCAGUGAGGCCAUACCUACAAAUGGGGGUGGGGGGGAGCUUUAGAUUUUAAGAAAAUUACGUUCUUCAAGGUGAUCUUCAGUCUCCAUCUCCAUUGAGCCAUAAACGGAUGCAGAAAGUUAUCUCUGGCCCCAAUGAGUCAGGGCCAUUUUGUGUAUCCUAAAGUGUCGAUGUGGCACAUCAGGAGCCAAGUAAGGGCCCCCACCCACCAUAUAAACGUUUUUUAUCAUUAUAUAUUACGCUGCUGCUUGGAAAUCCACAUCUAUAUAAAAUUUCCAUUUGCCGCACUGAAAUACUGGAAGGUGUAUUAAAUGCAGUUCAGUUUUCCAAACUAGUUGGUGUUUUUUGUUUUGCUUUUUGAAGAUGGAAAAAUGUCAUGUUGAAAUGCACACGGCGGUUUGCAUAUCAUCUGUUGCUGUCACAAGCAGAUACACUUUAAUGUGUUCCGGAGGGGAAAUCUUCACCAGGCAUAUGGAAGCAAUACUUUUACAUUUACUGUAAUUUUCUGUGAUUGGUUUCUAGGGCGAGCCAUCUGUUCAGAUUAUUGCCACUAAGAGAGGGAGGGAGGGAGAGAGAGAAUGAGAGAGAGAGAGACACUGUAUAUUGGCUACAGAAAUGGGCUUAGCCCUGAGAGACCAUCAGGCGGGUUGAAAUCCCACCUGGGAGAUCUUUGGCAGCCUGCUUCCCAUCUUUAUUACGGGAGUAACAAUAAGCUACCUUGCAGGGUUGUUGAGAGUACAGUGGUGCCCCGCAAGACGAAUGCCUCGCAAGACGGAAAAACCGCUAGACGAAAGGGUUUUCCGUUUUGAAGUUGCUUCGCAGGACGAAUUCCCCUAUGGGCUUGCUUCGCAAGACGAAAAUACCUUGCGAGUCUUGAGAUUUUUUUCGCUUUCCUCCUUUAUCUAAUCUGCUAAGCCUUUAAUAGCCUUUAAUAGCCUUUUAGCAGCUAAUCCCCUAAGCCUUUAAGCCUUUAAUAGCCGCUAAACCGCUAAUAGCGCUAAUAGCGCUAAUCCGUCAAUGGGCUUGCUUCGCAAGACGAAAAAACCGCUAGACGAAGACUCUCGUGGAACGGAUUAAUUUCGUCUUGCGAGGCACCACUGUACAUAUGAUCUAAGAAUGACAGAGCUGUGCUCUAAAAGUGCUUUAGAGUUACUAGCAUAUUAGAAUAAUGCGUAGAGAGCCCAGCAUUCUGUUCCCUAAUGGAGCACCAUUGUUUUAGAUCUCCAGUCUUGCUCUCUGGACAAGUCAUUAUUUCCACUGCUUAUUGCUACAUUUUAGAGCUAAGGUGUGACUUAGCUAUACUUCUGCCUACCUCAGGAUACAAUUCAGCAUAGCGCAGAGCAGAAUAUGCACACUGGGAAUGAAGUCUGCUUGCACAAUAAGACUUUUGCCACCCUUCCACCCCCCCUGCACCCCCUAAACCUGUUCUGGAUUCCUCCCCAACCCUCCAGAGCAGGCACCCCCAAACUCGACCCUCCAGAUGUUUUGGGACUACAAUUCCCACCAUCCCUGACCAGUGGUCCUAUUAGCUAGGGGUGAAGGGAGUUGUAGUCCCAAAACAUCUGGAGGGCUGAGUUUGGGGAUGCCUGCUCCAGAGCAUGUGAGUGGACCUUAUUCUGUGCAUGCAACAACUUAGUUGAAUCCUGCCCAUUGUCUGCAAAGUAUUAACUGUAUUCUUUCUCUGCAGGUCAUAAUUAAAAAGUGGUCCAUUCCUUGCCCUCUGCCACCAAAGCUUGCUAUGGGGUUCUCCCAGGUAUGCACCUUUCCUGACUUAUCUGUAAUUCUUUGAUUGCAAAAGAGCUUACCACAUUUAACUGUAAAGUGGCAAGUUGGUCAAUUAUUUUUCGUUGUUUGAAAUUGCACAGCAACAGCAGAAAUGCCUUACACUGAUGCGGUGGGAUCUUCGGAUCCAUACAGCAAUUAUAGUCGUCAUAUCCAAGGCUCUUAUUUUAUGACUGUGACGUAUUUGUGAAAAAUAACAUAUUAGCGGCACUGUAGGAAAUGUCUGUGCCCUCCACUCCUGAACGUUGCACAGCUUCAGGUUCCAGAAAGACUUGAAGUCCCAGUGCAUAGUAUGUGUCCAAUAAUGUCAGCUCCUUGCUGAAGCUAAGCAGGUUUGGUGUAUGGAUGGGCAACUACCUGGGAACCAUGUAUAUCACCUUGAGUUCCAUGUUGGAAGAACGGCACGGUAUAAAUGUCAGAAAAUAGUAAAUGACAGACAUCUGGGUGCAGGCUAUUCUGGAGGCAUACAUUUGUCUGUUAUGAGAAGUCCAUACAGAAGUUUAUAUAACCCUGAAUGGAUGGCUUUAAAAGAGGAUUAGACAAAUUCAUGGGUGCUGAUGGCCAUGUUCUGCCUACACUGUCAAAGGCAGAAAUGCUUCUGAAUACCAGUUGCUGGAAACCACAGGAAGGGAGAGUGCAGUUGAAGGCAUCUCAUGGGCUUUGGGUUGGCCACUGUGAGAACAGGAUGGUGACACGGGGGGGGGGGGGUUGUUUCACCAGCCUGAUCCAGCAGGGUUCUUGUUAUGUUCUUAUGCUGACAUGCUUGCACUGAGUGAUUUGCAAAGAAAGUUGUGCCUCUUAUAAUGGAAGGAUGACUUCCUCCAUAGUAGCUUGUCUAGGGAUAAGCGGGAGGUUAAGGAAGCAUCCAUACACACAUUUGCAACCAUUUCUGAUGUGUUUUGGGUUGCGGUGUAGUGAAGGUGCACAACUGGUGGUGCAUAAGUGUCGAAGCAAUGUUACUGUGAGCUGGAGUUACGCAGUCAGUCACUGGAUUUCAGAGUAUUUGUUAUAAAAUUAUGGGGUGGGAAGCCAGCCGAUGAGUCUCAUUUCUUGCCUCUGUGUCCUACACAGGCCUCAAAUUCUACUGAAGAUUGUAAAGCAGCGCUGUUUAACUUUUCUGCAGAGGUAAUCUUAAAUCAACCUCUUAACAGAUCACAAGAGUUUGCAAAAAUGUAUUUAAGCAUCGGGCUAAGCCAGGGUUUCUCAGUUUGUGUGUCUCCUCGUGUGUGUUGCACCCUGCUCUGGUGAUAAAAAUAAUAUGAGUGUGGAAUUUAAAUGUUCAAAGCCCUGUCGGCAUAUGGCUAAAACAAAGGAUUAAUUUAGAAUCAGGCCAUUGUCCAUCUAGCACUGUCUACCCUGACUGGCGGUGGCUCUGCAGAAUAGUUUCAGAUGGGACAUUCCCAGGCCUACCUGGAGAUGCCAGGGAGUGAAUCUGCAACUGUUUGCAUGCACAGCAGUUGCUCUUCCACUCAGCUGUGGUCCUUCCUCAGCAGCCCUUUGAGAAGCUGUACAACCCAGCUCUUAUUUUAUUAUAAACAUUUGUAUCCUACCUUCCCAUAAAAAAUGCCCAGGGUGUAUGUAACAACAAAAUAUAACAUAAAAUUUUUUUCCACAACUUUUUUUUUUUUAAGGAUUUUCACAACAUUUUAAAUGUGUGUCUAGAUUCCACCCAGGAAGGUUAUAGAAAUGAGUAUCAAAUAUUUAUAGGUUGCAUUUCAGCAGCGUGACUUUUCUUCUGUUUUUCUUUUCUUUUUUUGGCAGAGUGCAUAUGCCAUUCCAACGAUGGCUUUCUCAUUUCUCUGCCAUACAUCAGUAUUGCCAAUUUAUUGCGAGCUCCAAAGGUAACAUGUGAUUUGUAAACGCGUAUCAUUUUUUAAAAAAAUUGUUGUUGGCUGUAACUGCUGCCAUUCUCAGAACAUAAGUUUCCUGAUUCAUUUAGUGUUCAUGUCCAAAAGGAAUGCCAAAUUUAUUAUAUGUCUGAUUCUCCCAAUACACUGGACCAGUAAGCUGUCUUCCCUAACCUUGAGUCGCCAGAUAUUGUUGGGCUACUACUUCAUUUAUGAAUUGCUUCCCAUGAGAUAUCUCGAAGCAAUUUACCUAUGGCAGUUGCAUAUUUAAAACCUGUCAAAGCAGUUGCAUGUGUGUGUGUACAGCGUAAAACCAACAACACACACAUAAAAUCAGUUCAGAUCCAAGGCAGAUGUUUUUGAACAGGGACUUGGCUUUUUGAGGGUUACAUUCUCUCCCACCAGUAGGUACAUCUCCCCAUUUGUUGCCUUAUUUGAAUAAAACAUCACCUAACUUGUGGGUUAAACCACAGAGCCUAGGACUUGCCGAUCAGAAGGUCAGCAGUUUGAAUCCCCGCAACGGGGUGAGCUCCUGUUGCUCGGUCCCUGCUCCUGCCAACCUAGCAGUUUGAAAGCACGUCAAAGUGCAAGUAGAUCAAUAGGUACCACUCCGUCGGGAAGGUAAACGGCGUUUCUGUGUGCUGCUCUGGUUCACCAGAAGCGGCUUAGUCAUGCUGGCCACAUGACCCGGAAAAAACUGUCUGCGGACAAACGCCGGCUCCCUUGGCCUAUAGAGCGAGAUGAGCACGCAACCCCAGAGUCAGUCACAACUGGACCUAAUGGUCAGGGGUCCCUUUACCUUUACCUUUAACUUAAAUCUCUAGCUAUGCUAACACAAAGCCUGCCUUGUCUCUCUUUACUUCUGCUCUCUGCCCAGCAAGGGACCAACGUAUUUCACUUAAGGCUGGAAACAUAUCUGCGUAAUUGGUAGACUUUCUGGGAGGUAUUCAACGUAGCACUAUAGCAAUCAUUCCCUCGGCAUAAGCAUUUCAGCUUAACAGACAGAGCAAUUCCCUCUCUCUCCCCACCCCACUGUUCUGAGGGUUAUCUUGCGCCCCACCCCCAGGGCCAAUGGGGGGGAGAGAGGAGAAAGCCCCAUUGCACUAGUGGAAAAACUUGCAUUGGCUUCUGCUGGUGGGUCUUGUUAACUGCAUCCAGUCCUAUGUUUCAAAAAAUUACCUGUCAGCCAUCGUUUCUAGGUGUGUCCUGAGACCUGCAGGAUCUAGCAGAGACUGUCUGUACUCUCCCUCUUCAAUCUAAGUCUGGAUGCAGGCAGUUUUGUUAUUGUUAUUUUUGUUUUGUUCUCCUUCCUCCCCGCCCCGCUUUGUAUAACAUCUUCCCUGAUAAAGAGUUCUUGAGAACUUGAAAGUGUGCACGUUACUAAUUAAGAUUUGACAGUUUUCAAUCCCCUGAAGAUUCAGAAUUGUUUCACGGUUUUAGUGGUAGGCCAGCCCAGAAACCUGUUUCAUAUGUGCAUUGGGAAGAUGUGAAACAGUCAAUAGCAACUUCUUUACUGCAUUUUCAUACUCCUCCUCCUAAAGUCUUAAAUAAUGUCUUAUUUUUCUCUGUGUGUUUGUAGUCCAUCCAAAAACAGGAUGCAGAAGGUAGCCAACACUGGGAUUAGCCUGAGCUUUCUGGUUUAUUUUGUGUCAGCGCUAUUUGGAUACCUCACUUUUUAUGGUACGUUUUUAAAGUAUUAAUUCCUGUUUCUUCAUAAGUGAUGGCGCAGGUCUGUGCAAUCGUGUGACCCACUAGGUUUAACACUGUCUUAACAGUGGGGCUGGGGCUGCCAUCCGUUUGAACAAGUCUCUAAAAUGUGCCAAUAUCUUUUCUGCAAUUGCUUUUUGCAGGUUUAAAACAGUAGUGGGCACUUUUUCAGGGAAGCUUGUAUACUCUGACUAAGCUUCACCUUAAGAACCCCUGCUUACUUGCCAGCAAUCUCCGAACAGUUUAAGAACCCCUGCAAAAGCACGAGCCUGCUGUUUAUUGUAUGGGUGGGGUCCAAUUCAGAUUGUGGCUUCCAAUUUUAAUAACCUUUCCCCUCCAAAAUUUCAGACCAUGUGGACUCAGAAUUGCUGCAAGGAUACAGCACGUACCUGCCCCAUGACACUGUAAUCAUGACUGUAAAACUGGGCAUCCUCUUUGCGGUGCUGCUGACGGUGCCCCUAAUCCACUUCCCUGUAAGUAUUGCAAAAGACCUGAUUGCUGGCCCAGCAAAAGUGGCUCCCUUAAUUAUUUGCAGGCCCCGCCAUCCUAGUCUUGGCUGUCUCAUCCAUUUGUCUUGCGGUGGAUCAGAGUGCUGUGCUUGUGUAUGUCCGUUAACAGCGGCAAAGGAACAAGGCCUAAACCGCUAAGCUAAUUUGUGCUUUCUUUCUUUCUUCUUCUUUUCUAACGAGUUUUAGAUCUGAGCUGACUCACAGCAUUGCUUGCAGUUUGCAGAAUGUGGCGUUCCUAAAGUUUAUUUGGUUUGAUUUUUUUUGUUUUGUUUCUGUUUUCUUCAUAUUUGGUUUUCAAGCAAGCGUGCAUUUUAAUGUAAAUAGGAGUCAGCAAGAAGUGGCCUUUGCUAAUGAUUUCCUGCAAGCAAGCUCAAAACAGAUCUUCCUGACAUGGAGUUUACUUUACGUUUUUAACAGGGAUUGUAGAAAACCACAAAACUGCUGCUGGCCACAGCCAUUUCUGAAAUCCCCCGCUGUAUUAGGGCCAAACUAGAUGUCACACAGAGGUAUAUAACAUUGGCUCCAAACCUCUUUAAAAAAAUGAAUAGCGUUUAUGGGAGGUGGCUGCACAUUUGAUUAGAGUAUCAGCCGAGGGAAAUGCUGUGCAUUACUACUUAUUCAGACUCCUGAAAGCUGUUCCCCCCCCCUUUCCCCCCGUUGUUUGGAAAAGCAGAUAAGGAAACACUCUUGAGCAAGAAGAGUGCAAGUGGUCUUAUGGCCAGUUCACACAUUAUGUAGUAACAAGUCCAGGAUUCCCACCAGGGGUGCCAACUCCUGGGCGCUGUGCCCUUUGCCCCCCCCAUUAUUUUGGGAGGGUGCCAGGCCCCCCCCCCCGAGUGUCCCAAAAAAAUCAGCGGGUGGAGGAGGUUGAAUGCAGAGCAGAGCACAGCAUGGCUUCAGGGAUCGACUCCUUCCUCUCCUCCUGCCACAAAGAUGAAGGAAGGUCACUUCCGCUGGCAGCGGCAGGCGGAGGAGCCACUGGCCAUUGAAGUUGCCACUGUGCUUAGCUCCUCCCAACGUCCUGAAGUUCCACAUGUGAUGUCCCCCCACCCCACCCCGGCAAAUCGCCCUUGCCUCUGUUUACAACCUAGUAUGUACCCAGCAGGGAAUUGCAGCUAAUCAUGGCUCCCACACAAUUUAUGUGUAAUGUGUUAAGAUAUCGGUCCUUAGUGCAAAUCAACAGUCUUUGGUGAGCAACAAUCCAGAUGCCAAUUUUUUGCUUUGCUUUGCUUUGCUUUGCUUUGCUUUGCUUUGCUUUGCUUUGCUUUGCUUUGCUUUGCUUUGCUUUGCUUUGCUUUGCUGGGAUUCAGUAAUGGAUGGGAUUAAAUUAAGUUGUUAAGUGUGGAGCAAGGUCCACUUGCACGGCAGGCCUUGCCCGCUAUUCCUCCUGCCUCCCCUAAAUGUACACUGGGGGUGGGGGAGACCCAGAACAGGUUUAAGGAGUGCACAGGGAAGUUGCAUUGUGCGAGUGGACCUCGUUCCAUGCAUGCAAUACCCCUUUUAGCGCUACGUUGAAUUCCACCCAAUGAACGUCAAGAUUUAUUUAUUACUGGUCUGAUAUGCUUUUAUUUUUCUCCUUUGAAUUCCGCAGGCGAGGAAGGCUGUGAUGAUGGUGUUUUUUUCACAUCUUCCUUUCUCCCUGACCUGCCACAUUCUUGUCACUUUGGCACUCAAUGCGACAGUUUUCUUGAUUGCCAUGUAUGUGCCUGACAUCAGACACCUUUUUGGAGUGGUUGGUAAGUUUGUGUGCUUUCAUCUUCCCCAAUCCUAUAGUCUAAAAAAAAUCUGCAUGCAAGCCUCGCCGUGACUAAAUAACUCCCCCUCCCCAUCUUUUUAAAGGCUCAACCACAUCCACCUGCUUGCUCUUUGUAUACCCUGGGCUGUUUUAUCUGAAGAUUAGCACAGAGGAUUUUAUAUCGAGACAGAAGCUUGGGGUAAGAUGCCGAGCUAAGUUCUUAGUUUUGGAAUGCUAACGUGGAAGGUACUUAAAGCAAUUGUUUAAAGCAGUUGCUAAAGCACAUGGCCCUCUCUGACUUGUGCCAUUUCAAGGAGUUUAGGAUCAUAACUCUGAAGGCCCCCAACCAAUAUGCAGUUAUGUCUAGCCAUUACUGUCUUGGAGGUCACUGCAGCCUUACCCAGUUGAAAGGGCAAAUUCCUUGGUGUAAUCGUUUCCUAACCCACAAGUGCAGUUUUUGUGAAUAGAUGUCUUAUUCUCAGUGAUGUCUGCAUACCAAGGAGAGGUUUUUAUCCUGUUUGUUUUGAUUUAAACUGUUUAAAUCUUCACAGAAUCUCUAGCCCAAUGGUUGCCAUCAAUUUGAUUUGAAUUAAUUUUAUAAUGAAUGAUUUUAGAAUGUUGUACUAUUUUAUUGUUGUUAGCUGCCCUGAGCCCGGCUUCGGCUGGGGAGGGCGGGAUAUAAAUUAUUAUUAUUAUUAAAAGCCUCUACCACCUAAGAGGUAAAACGAUUUUCUGUCCACCACUCUGUAUGUGUAACAGAAGAGUAAAUAAUUGGUUUCUCCUGCUUAGGAUUAAACUGUUUGUGUGAUUUUCUUCACAGGCAUGUGCACUGCUAGUUCUUGGCCUCUUGUUUGGUACUGUCAGUUUAGUAAUGAUCAUUUAUGAUUGGAUUCAUCAGUGAAAUAAUCCCUGCCACCUUUGCAGCAGCCCAAAUGAUCAUUUCCGGCUACGUCUAAAGCAAAAUCACUCAAUUGGAUGCCAGAAAGAGACUGUCUGGGGCUUUGAAAACCACCACAAACCAAACUCCCAACCAAUUACCUCUUCAUUCACCAAAGCAGGCUUUGUGAUCCUGCAAACUUAUUCUGGAGCUAGAGAAGAUGGAGGAUUUCCACAGUUCUUCCUCUCUCCCAUUUUUUUUUUUUAAAUUCCUGCAUGCAGUAGCUAACGAAAUCAAGCGAGGAAACUCGGAGCCCAAUGGCAUUGUGUUAACAUUGCCUAGAUCUGGUCUUAGGCGCAUAAUGGGGCCUAGUGGAGAUUGCAGCUUGUGAAGAUCAUUUGUGAAUUGCUCCUUGCCGAUUAGUGAAUAAUCAUGUGUCUCGUGUCAAAAUGUGGAAUCGUUAUGGCUAAAAUCCAGCAAGACAGGUGGUCUUCUCAGAACGUUGGUUGAAAAUUGCUGAAAUCUUUCUACACCUGUUACUGUCAGUUUCACAGAAACAGCUUGCAAACUCUCUUCAACCUUCUUCCAGAGUGCUUAGAUUUGCAGAUCGAAACCAGGCCUGGUCUUAAGUUUGAUUAAAGCCUGCCGUAUGAGACAAUUUACAGUUCAACAGAGGAGUAAAAUAUGAUGGUGAAAUUACUCUGCCUUGCCAACGUGUCCUGACUUCAUAACUGAACUGUAAAAUAUGUAUCGUUUUAUACUUCAGUGCAAUUAAUGAUAAAGUUCCCAUUUUAUGAAUCAUCCUUAAUGUCAAUACAGACCUAAUUCAAACCAUAUGUAUUAAAUUGACAUGGUACAGUC